GAUGGGAUGCCCACCACCGGUGAGUGACCAUCAGAUGGUCACUACAUUUUGCAAUGCUCUAUGGGAAAUUCUGAGUCGUCUAUAUGUAUAGGGGUUAGGGAUCCAUUUCGGACACAGCCUAUAUGUCUGACCUACUGUUUGGCAUUAGCUUGCCUUAUGCUAGCCUAGUUUAACACUUUUGACUGAAAGGAUUUGUGGCAGCGUUUAGCCUACAUCUGAACAGUUUUGACUGGGCAAUGAUUGUGCAACUUGAUUGUCUAAAUCACCAUAAACAGGAAGUUACAGAAUUCAGGUUGCUGGUUUAUAAAGUAACAAAAUGCAAAGAUCUUCAACAUGACUGGAACAACUCUGAAGUUUGACUGAAAAACAACACCUCCAAAUAUGAGGAAGUUUAUGAACACAACGUAGGCUAAGACGAGAAAUGUCAAGCUCACAAAUAGUCUUUCUCGAAAAUUCCCACCAUCCUAUCUCUAUCAAAGUCUCUCUCCUCUGUUCAACGUGCGCGCGCGGCCCCGCGUGUCAGUGUGCGCGUGUGCUAAGUGUGUGUGUAUGUGUAUGUGUAUGUGUGUGUGUUAAGGAGAAGUGGGCAAAGGCUCCGCCUCACUCAAAAAGCGAGAGAAAAAAAGGAAAAGCAAACUGAUACACACCUCUCAAUUCUGGCAGGAGGAAAAGAAUAGGAGUGUUUAUGAAGCGUAUAAGUAAACAGCAGGAUAACCAGACACACCGAGAGCCGGGGCUACUUUCCCCGCUAAAACCGACACCAGGCACCGUUUCCCAGCACCGGAGAUUGUCCCGUUGCGUUCAGGAUUAAGUUUUUAUGUCAUCCAAAGGUGGAUCAUUAUCUAAAUCCGAGAUAACAAGCGAAUUUGAAAUGCGUAGCCUGCGAUGCUAUUUCUGGAGCCCCUAAAGCCGACGUUUGAACUCUCAGUAAACAUCCAGUCGAGGUAGGAUUCAAGAUUAUUGCAAAAGGUGGUUAAAAAAUGUGAAAGUGUGUGCUCCACUGGGGUGUAGUUUUGAAAGCUAUACUCGAGUCGCUGUCCAUGUGUCCCUGCGCCAUCAGCUAGGAGGGACAAGAAGGGUGGGAGUAGGCAUUAGCCGAUACUCCACUUCACAGUGAUAUGGGAUCAGAUUUUUUUUAAAGUUACUCAUGGACCAAGUUAUUCUGAGAUAGCGAAACAUCAUGAAACAUCAAUUCAAACCAAUUGUGAUUAUUUUCUACAACUGUUCUCUACUACUGAUGGGCUAGUUCUUCUGAAAUACAUUCAUGCAUGUUUGUUUUUGCUGAAUGAGUUUGAUAAAAAGUUUUUGUGCACUUGCUUUUUCUCUGCAGUUUCACAUUUCUUUCUGGCCUGUUUGCAACCAAACAUCCAGUUUCAACUUCACUCAUUGUCUGUAGCCUACUAAUUAAUGAGAGCUUAAUUAGUGAUCCAAUCAGGCUUCCAUAUUAGCACCUGCACAUUUUCAGACAGGAGGAUAAUCCCUUUCACAGAAUUGACAGGCAGAAGGGGAAUUGCUUCUCAAAAAGGCAACUCUCUCUCUCCUUCCCUCUCUCUGUCUUUCUCUCUCUCUCUUUUACUGCAUUUUGAGGAAAGCUCCAAGUGGUAGUGGAAGAGGAGGAGGAGGGCGGCUCCAUUGUCUGGCCAGCGAAGGGGUGGGGAUUGAGGCUGUAUGCAGAUGUGCUGCUGGCGGACAUCUGCUCUCCCCCCGUGGGCAUUGUCACAACAGGCAGGGGAACUUAGAGUGGAGCUUGCCCACAGAGAAAAGGCCUUUGUGAGAGGAUAUGGAGGCCAUGGCCUGCACCCUUAAACGCCAUGUAUAUUAAAAUAUCUGAUCAUCUCAAGGGGUCCACUUUGAACCCCAAAAUAUAACACAUUUGAGUGAUUACGAUUUAUUUAGUUGUCUCUUUCUUAGAUUGUUUUUUUUUCUACCUGGAACACCACCCUCCCUGUUUCUUCUUCCUCUCUCUCAUCUCCCACCACCAACUCCCCCGGGAGGUUGAACUUCCCUUCAUGUCUUUGUGGCCCGCAUGUGUUCAGAUGUGAAAGCCAGCCUCCAAAGGCAAAGACAAUCAUGAGCAGUAUCACAUUGUACAUGGCAGCUCCUAUCAGGCCUUUUGAUUUAUCACCGAGGAGGGAAAUGCCAAGAAAAUGCAAAAAAAAAAAAAGGAAGAGGGAAAAAAACUGCUUUAAUAUUUCUGAUAUAGCAUAUUGUUCAGUUUGUGCUUGAUGGUAGAAGCUAUUAGUGUUGAUGUGUGUGUUGGUAUCGGACAUCAGGAGUCUUAUUUGCCUCAACAGAUAUUCCCUGGUGAGUGCUUGAGUCAGUGUGCGGUGAUUACAAACAUGAUUUGUUCUUGUAGAAGGCACUGUUGUACAUGGCUGAUCUGCUGUGCAACAAGCUUGUGGAGGGACUCAUUUGUGUGUUUCUGCUGUGUUAUGACACACUGGAUAGUUGUGAGAAGCGAGCAAGGGAGCGAGUUCAUCGAUGCAGGGAGAGAUGAUGGGUUUUGAAAGCACAGGUGCCGUUUCCUUUCACAGUUUAUUCUGAGGGACUACUGUCUUUAUUUUCUACCAUGUGGGCUUUGUUUCUUUCUUUUCGUUAACACACUUUACAAGACACGCAACAGCUGAAAAACUGACUAGUGCGUCGCCUGCCUGUUUUGAAGUCACAGAAGCAAAGUAAUUACAAUUGGUUAAUCAUAUUCUCAGAGCCUAAUACUCCAUUUAACACAGUAAUUUGGACGCUGCUGAAAUAGCUCUUGUGAACUCUUCUGAGAAUUCCCAUAAUGGCCGGGCCGCUAACGUCUUCUAAGAGCUCCCAUAGGAGUAGGUUUGAGAGGAUUGUACUGUCAUGUGAUUGUGCUAUGCAUUGUGGAGAGGAGGUAAUGGGUGUGAAAUUACACUGUGCCAUCUGCAGAGAGGCCGAAAAACGCACAGCCUGAUGUCACUUAGACACACUGCCUUGUGAAAUGACACAGCAAGGAGAGCGACGGAUUCACACCGCAGGUCCCUGACAUGCCCGAAUAUCAUCAUUCUGAAAUCUUUAGUUUCAUUUUAGGUUUUUGUUUUGCUUCAACCAAAGCGCUGGUUAGGUUUUUAGAUUAGUCCAGAAAGACUGUGGCAUAAGUGCUCUUUGUUUCCAAAAGGCUUAAUUUUAGAUUGUAGUAAGGCUUUGAUGAUGAAAAGAAAGAUUGUGCUGUGAAGUUUUAUUGCGGUCUGUAAAUAGGGAACUGUGCGCUUCAGAGCGUUUCAAUUUAUGACGGAACACUUGUACUUCAGUGACUCCUUCAGCAAUCGUUGGUUUGUAUCUAAUGCUGUUUGGUAAUAGUUUUGUCUCAAUGAACAGACGUCUAAAACCCACUGUGUGUUUACUGUAAUUGGAACACUACAAAUUUCCUGCACCUGUUUCUCGCCUGUUCAGACUUGCUUUGUUGCGUCUGAGUCGGUGGAUUUUGUUUGCAGUUGUGAAGGAUAGUUUUGGGAGAGAGGAUGUGGACAGCAGCAGGUGUCUGAUUCUUUUCACUGAUAAGUUGUAUUUGCACUAAAAGAGACGGCACGCUCUGAAGCUCUCUGUUUCUUCGCUCUCAUCUAUCUUCCUUGACGUGAUUUACCAGUAAACUGCUCUGAGAAAUGGAUACUUCCUAAGUUGUUUUUUUCUUAAGUGCAGCAGAAGUCAUUUCUUAAACUCUCACAGCCUCUUUGUAGUUUGCCACAUUGGCAUCCGACAGGCUUGUUUGUGAGCUCUGCCAAUCCUAAAUUAUGUAUUUAAGAGGUUCAGCUGGCAUGCUGACCAGAAAACAAGCAAAUUAUAGUCCAAGGUUUUAAAACGGAGUAAAUCAAACAUAAAAACCGAAGAAUCCUAUCCACACUUUGUCGCCAAGUCUACUAAUACUGUAGUAAACUACUGUAUCCAGCGUGAUAAACAAAGUAAUUUGCUCUGUUGUAUUAGGUUUUCAUUAUUGCUGUUGUAUCAUUUCCCUGCAAAUCAUCUCUCUCAGUGUUUAUGUGUAUAAUUCCCUGUGUUGUGUAUGGUGUUUAGUUCCUGGGUAGAAAUUGAGAUAGAGCUUUGAUUUUGAAUUUUUCAAGGUCUUCAGAAGUCUCUUUUUAUUUGAGCUAAAAUGCUCAGAAAUCAAAUAAUAUGUCAAGAAAUUACACGGAUAAUUAUUUUUGAAAGUGGCCUUGUAAAUUUUGGAAUUGUAAAUAAUAAAAAACCUAAUUCAAGAUCCUCUUUCUGUGCUGAAAUCUUCCGAUUUCCUGAGUUUGUCAGCCCUGUAAUUUAAACCAUACAGAGAUAUAGCAUGAAAAAACUACAGCAGGAUACAAAAUGGUAAAUGAGUCAAACAUUUGAUCAUUAAUUCCCAAUAAUUCAUCUAUGAACACUGUUGCCAGUGUGAUCUGGAACUAAUACAACCACCUGUUUCCUGAGGUGUAAAAAAUGGCUGCACACGAAUGCUCAAAAAUUUAAAUCUCACUAAUCUGAUUCAGACAUGCUGUAUAGGCCCCUUAAAUGUUGUUGCAUCAUUAACAAACAAGACCCCAUCAACAGCCUGCAGCCAGAUGUAUAGCUGUGCAUAGAGUCAAUUGACCCUCGAGCAGCAACAAAAACAGGAUCAAUGAAUCAAUCAAUAAUACAACUUUAUUCACACACUAGGAGCAAUUGAUUCAGAGAAGCUUGCCAAUAAAAACACUGCAACAUAUAGACAACAAAUACAUUAUUCAUAAGAACUAAACAUGGAGUAAUCUAAACUGAAGGCAGAUAAUGAGGUAGAGUUACAAACUCGGGAAAGAAAGAAAGAAAGAAAGAAAGAAAGAAAGAAAGAAAGAGAGGAUGAGUCAUGAUAAAAGCAGCAAAAAGAGAACCAAAUUCUCCUGCUUGUUGUGAAGUGAGUGGCCGAAGAAGAGCUGGAUAUCACAUUAUAAAACAUGAGUGAGCAGAAGUGUGUCUUAGAGCUGCGUUUGUGUUUGAAACAUGUUUUAAGCCCUUGUGUAAACAGGGUCUUACAGGGACACUUGAACUAGAUUAGGGCCAUUGUUAAUGUAAUUAGUACACCUGUGCAGGUGUGCUGUAAACAAGGCCACUCAUUUAAAUGACUGGAGCUUACAGUACAGUUAGUGUGCAUGCAGUGUGUUGUGGAGACUAUAAUGAGCAUUUCUCUAAAUUAUUAACUCAUUAUAUGGUUGCAGGAGCAGCAGCGGGGGUCCAGUGGAGGAUGUUUACUGUUCCCUGUAUUUAUGACCAGGGGAGUUGGCUGUCUAAUAGCCUCCCACCUGGCGUAAACCAUCACACUUGGAGUCCCUGCUCUUCCUUAAUGAGCGUCCGUUUUCAUCCAAAUUGCUCUCAACUGCAUGCACGGACCUGAUGCCAGAGAUGCGGUUGAGUAAAGAGGGGGAAGGGUGAUACUGGAUAGUUAGGAGAUCUAAAAGGGACGUUAAACACUAUUUUUUUUGACGUAGAAAAGUGUGUGUGCCAACGUGGAAGUAAAAAGAAUUGAUCUCCCUCUCACCUCCCGUCUUUCGUUUGGCACAGCCGGAGCUGCAGUUGAAUUUCAUGCAAACCACAGAGGAUUAAGGAAUGAAUAGUGGCCCCUUCUUCCAACUCUGUGUGUGCAUGUUCGUCAUGUGUGCUCGUGCUUGAGUCUGCGUGUCACUUUUUGCAGGAACUAGUAGAGACAAAGCACCAUCUGCACGCAGCAGGCUGUCCUGACUGCCUGCUUCUCUCGCUGGGGCCGAGAAGAGGCUUUCUGUGAGCAUUGUUAUGAAAUUGACUCUGCUGCUGCUGCUGCUGUUGCUGCUGUUGCUGGUUGUUAAUGCUGACAGCUAAUAAUGUCCCCCUGGAUGGCUGUGCUUUGCUGUAGCCAUAGAGAAGAGACAGACUAAUGAAGAGAGGCAGGAAGUGAAGGAGAAAAAAAGAGAGACAGAUAGAGAUGGAGAUACAAGUGGGGCAAUCAAAUUUUUCUUUCCAGGCGAGGGGAAGUUUCCUGAAGAGGGAUUACACACAAACCGAAAGCACGGGCAUAUGUAUUGUGUUUUAUUUCCUCUUAUUUGUUCUUUCCUUCCUGUUCACUCUCUCCUGUCUGAGCGUCUCAGGAGGGAGGUGGCAAAAGGAGAGGAAGAAGGAGGAGGAGGAGGAGGAGGAAGGGCUCCAUUGUGUCUCAGCAGAGCCCCUUUCCAGUCCAGCUGACAUAGUCUUGUGUCAGGAGGAUCCAUCCUGCUGAUGUGAGGCAAGCUGUAAAGUGAAAGAGAUGUCUAAAAUGCUGAAGUGUGUCCUGGCCAGCAGAGAGAUGGCUCUGUUUGUUUGCCAUUCUGCUGAGCACCACUUCGCAGAGAAAACUUUUCUGUCCAAAUUUGCUGACAGAGAGAAAGAGGGUGAAAAAAAAAAAACGAUGGAGUUGGGGUUUUGGGAGUAACUUGUAGGCACACAGAGCUUUACCCCAUUGUUGGUCUGUGACAUUGACAUUUGGAAAUGGUGAGGAGGGAGAGAAAAGAGUUAAAAGCCCACCUUUUUUUGCUGUCUCUUAGCACACAAACUGUUUUGCCUCUGCUCACAAUUCUCCGAGACGACAGUCAUUGAACCUUCCAACCACAUGAAUAUGCAUGAUAAGUCCGCUCUUAUUCUCUGCCCUCUGAGCUAUUUUUUUUCCCACCCAGAGACCUGUCGUGUUGUGUUUGAUUGGCCCUGACAUUUGAAAAGGUCCUUGAAUAAAUAAAAAAAAAAGUUGUUUAUGACAACUGAAGAACUCUCCUUGCAGCAGAGUAAAAAUGGCAUUUUGAAAGGAGCACAGCUCCUGCAUAUUUAAAUGCUAAUGGCUCUGUGAAUGUGCAGGCUAAUAGGAUGUUUCAGUCUGGAGCAGUGCAGUAUGUACACUUUCAGUAUGCAGGCACACUGUCUGAGUGCUACAUCUAAUAGCUCUGGAAGGUGCAUCAGCUCAUUUUAUUAGCUGAUUAUGUGGAGUCUGAGGAGAAUUUUUUCUUUUUUUCAAAUAAAUGAUCGCUUUCUUUUUUAUGGCAGCUCGGAGAUGAUCUCAACAUGUUCAGAAAGAAAAGCCUUUUCUUCCUCUUAAAAACAAUACCCUGAGGGAAAUCUGUUUUUGUGAAAUUUCUGCGGCGUUUCAUCACGAUGGUUAUGAUGCAGAUAAAGUUUAACAGCAUGUUUUAUAAGCUUUCUGAUGCUGUUUGGCAAAGUAAGGCUCCUAGGCUCACUCAGCCCCUGGGGUUCUGACUGGGCAGCCCUGUAGUGAAGCGUGGUGGUUCUUGAUGUAUUAUGAGCUGUUUUGUCAGCAGCAGCCAGCCACAAGUGCCCUGGAUAUCACUGGACUUUGACCUGCUUGUGGAGUAUUUGGUCUCAGAGCCCUGCUUGCUCACUUAGUUUCUCUUAACACAUAUAACACAUAAAGAAAGAAAGAAGUUAUGAGCUCUGUUCAAAGGUAUCACAAUUAUCGCUCAUGACCAUGGUUGAAAGCUGUUGAGUGACUUACCAAAGAGUUGAUCGCUAAUAUUUUUGCUUCUGCCGGAUGUGGAUCUUAAACCAUUUAAGUAUGAGUGUGUUUGUACACUAAUGUUUGUAGCUUUGUUUCCCCUGACUGCAAACUCAUCUAAAAAUGAGAACUGUUGUGUUUCCAAGAGCUCUGAAUGGCUCCUUUAUAUUUACAGAGAGGGCAGGUCCUUUUUCUGUCAUGUUGAGUUGUUUGGUCAGAUGAGACAAACCAAACACGAGUUAUAAAAAAAGCCCUUUUACGGUCGGCAGAGGUUCAUCUUCACACUCCUUCAUACUAGUCUGUUAAUACCAGAACAGUGAUUAUUCGUGCUGUUCUCAGAGUGGCUUCACCCAGCGAGGAGGCAGUCGGCGUCCAUUCUAUAUACAGCUACACAUUAUUCUAGUUAGGUGGUUGCAUGCCAUUUAAACCAGAAACAGGAUACAUACAAAUUUGCCUCCAUUAUGCAAAACCCAGUGCUUGUUUGUUGUGGACCAUUAGAGAAGAAGUGGCUGUAGCCAUUAAAGCUCCUAUGAGGAAUUUUCAGAUGUUGAUAAAACAGACUAAAAUUAAUAUUGGUGCCUUUUCAUGAUUUCCAAAAAAAAAAGAGAAAAAAAGACCACUAUUGGGAAGAUUGACUGUUUUAUGACCAGCAUAUCAGACCAAAGAUCAUCCUGAUAAAAGUUUGACUGACUAGUUAUUUAGUGCCUACAAGCAAAGGCGGUGCUGUUUGUUUAAGUCAUCUGAAUGUGUACGCCCCUAGGGGGAUAAAGCAUUUCUUUCAUCACAGUACAACAUUGUACUUUUGAAAUCAGUUCAAUCUGUACUGGUGUAGCAGAGAGUAUGUGACGAGACAAAAAGAUUUGAUUAUGUUUCAAUUUAAUGUCAAGGCAAGGCUUUUCAGUCACAUUUAAAUGCCUUUUUACUGUCAUGCUACUCUAUAAAGCCUCCUUUUAUGUUAUUCCCAGUAUAAAUCAGUUCAAAUAGGGGAAGGAAGGAAGGAUGGAUAGGGCAAAUUAGCAUCAGAAAGAAGCUAUUUUUUGACUAGACUACCUCUCCCUCAAAUUUCUGCCUCUUCAAUUUGGCCUGCUAUUUUUAAUUUACAUACCACCGUUGAUCAACAGGAAAAUCUUACCUUGAAUUUUUUUUUUUACAUCUUGGCUCUGUCCUUUUUAAACUGCCUGCAUACACCGCUUUCAUGCAGCUAACAGCCUCUUUGCUUGCAUAAAUACUGGCAGGAGUCCAAAUAGGAAAACCUGGCAGAUGUCCAUGAAACCAUUUGACUCCUAAACCACACUGUUAAGUGAGAGGCUGCACUUCACAUUGAUUUGAAUGAGCAGUGGACAUUGACAUGGUUGCUGCGUACACACACCGGCUCUUGCUUGCACAGUGUUACACAAAGGCAGUUAUGUACUUGUUGCUGUGGAGAGAGCUAAACAGGGUGAGCUGUCAUCCUGCUUCUCAUCACUCAUGUGUGGUGAAAAGUGGCGUAUUACCGACUCAUUCCUCGCAGUUAUGGAAGUGUUGACACAGUGAGUGUUGGAGCUGAGCGAUGGAGUCUUUAUCACCUCAGCUAUCUCCAUUAUGAAUAUGGAUAUUACCAAUGUUUUGGGAGCCCGAGGCUAUCUCUUUGAUUCUCGGCUGCUGAGAAGCUCAGUGGGAUGGUUGGCUUUUUUACCUCGUCAUGUUGUUCGCACAAAGACAUGUUUGAUUUUCAGCCGUAUGGAGAUGUUUGAUUCCUGAUCCUGAACAAAAAGGAUUUACUGUGGGUUAAUGUUUCACUGAGCCAUAGAGAAGCCACAGACUCUCAGUCCCUCCCACUCAGUCCUCUGUGAAUACUCCCCUCGGGACUCUGUGUGAGGUUAGAAAUCUGCAUCUCAGGGGCUUUCAGACAGCUCUGGCAAGUGAAAAAUGUAUAAGUGAUUAUACACGGUGCAAUUAUUCAGUAUUUUUUUACUCGGUACCACGCAUACAAACAGCAAAGACAUAACUUCUUAUAAUAAAUGUAUGGAGUAUACUAAACAGGAUUAGUAUUGCAGACUACAAGUGCAUGCUGUGUUUUAUUUAUAGCUUCCAACAUCCUUAAACUGAAGGUGAACAUUUUCCUAUUACGAAGUUUGGUGGCAGGAGGAGUUCGGGCAGAGCAUGAGCGCAAUAUCAAAGCUACAGUUCACUGCUAGUGCCUUGUCAGGGGGUUUUGCUGAUGCAUGAGCUCUGUGUUUUACCUACAGCUAUACUGAACUCACUCUUUCACAAAAACGCAGCACUGCCAACUUUGAAAAUGAGGAAAGGGAGAAGUCCUAUUAUCUCGCUCCGACAUGCAGUCAAUUCAGCACUGCUGGAACGAUCUUUAAAACGAUGCACCGAGGGAAAUGUAUGAAUUCUACGCACCAGUCACUUUAUCCCUCACUUUUAUAAGCUUUUUACACCAGUUUCCCUUCCUUGUAUUGGGUUUCUUUGUUUAAAUCUUGUCUAGAAUGUGCCACAAGAUGAGCGCUCUCAUUUCACCGUACACAGAAGGCUGAAAUAAUGAUGAUGAUAAACUCGAGCAGAGGUUAUAUGCUCUCCGGUCUUUUCAGCCUCAAGGGAAGUUUGAACCGCUGAAUAUUUUUACUAACUCAAAGAACAUUUUUUUGUUCCACUUUUCACCCACUUGUCCGUGUCUUUUCUCCCAUGGUUAAACCUCAGCCCUGACCUUUCUUUUCUCUCGUUUUUUCCUGCCAAUAAGCUCUCCUUCCCUUAUUUUUCUCUGCAUAUCAGUUGUGCCUCCUAAUCUGUCUGUGCCCUUAUCUUGUCUGCUUUUUUUUUUCUUUCUCCUCCCUCCCUCAGUUUCAUCUCUGUGUUUUCGCUCACAGGUGGCUGAAGGAUGUGCUGGCUCUUCUGUUUUUUUUUUUGCUUGCUGUCUGUGUUUCUCCUGUUUGGUAUCUUUUGAAUACUUGCUGCUGUCCUUGGUCGGGGAAGCGUGCAAGUGUAAUAAAACCUGCCGGGAAGAUGUGUACGCAUGCUGAAAAGCAGCAAAACACAUAUGCAGUAUAUCUGCGUGUAGACAAAAGACCUGCACACCUAUGAGCACAAUGAUAAAUUGGUGGUAUUAUAGGCAGGCUAUUAAAUCACUGAGGAGGCUGAAAGAGACUCCCACAAGUUUGGAGUUGGAGGGAAGAGGCAGAACUUGCUGUCAUUGAACUGAGGUCUUUUCAUGUUGCACAGUAACAAAAUGUUCUGGGAAGUUAGUUUCCAUUGCUAGUUUUCAAAGCCUGGUAAUGAAUGCUGCUUUGUGCAUCGGUGUGCCGUGUAGCAUCAUGGCCACAGUCUCUACCUCCUGUCUCGCUCCCCAUCUUUGAGUCUUUCAUGCUGGGCAGACUCCUUUAGAUCCUCCCUGGAGGUUUGAUGCAGCCAGACACCCACCUUGGCCCCAGUUCUCAGCCGACACGUCUGUGUUUUUUGGUGUCUGUCUGCAUACAUUUGACUGUGUGUGUGUGUGUGUGUGUGUGUGUGUGUGUGUGUGGGCAGCAGUGUUCAGCAGUGUUCUCACAGCCCAGCUGAGACUGACAGAUGGAAUCAUUUCACACACGGACAGAAAGGCAGGAUACAGGAAACCGGGGUGUGUUUAAUAGUUGUGCCGUUGCUGCGCUUGGUUGGUAUUAAUCUAGGUCAGUGGCGUUCAGCUGCAGGGGUGUGGGCCUCCGGGGCAAUCUUGGCCUUUUCUUAACCUCAUUUACUUCACUAACUUUCAGCCCACUCACCUCAGACUGUAUUUAGGUUGCUUAUUAAACCCCCCCCCUGACAGGUGUAGUGUUAGGCACAUUACAACGGUACCUUUUUCAGCCGGCCUUUUGCAGAGAACCACGACCAAUGGAGGGGCGCUUAAACCUUGCACACAUCAAGAUGUUGACUCACAGCAAAGUGAGCUAAGAGGUUGUGUUUUCUUCUCUUUUAUUCACUGAGAGGUGAUGGUUUUGAUUAUUAAAAUCAAAAGCAGCAUCAACCAGUUCCAGUGUGUUUUGUCUCGCCACCCGCUGCAUUAAUUUUCAUCCAAAAAAAAAAAAAAGGAGAAAAGAAAAAAAACUCAAAGAUGAAACACAGUGCAGCUUAUUUGUGGCCUUCAAACUAGCAUUCUGCACAAUUUUACAUAUGGCUUAUGUUAAGUACACCCACAGCUCUGAGAAACAAACUGAGCUCUAGAGACCUGUGUGAAAUCGACAUAUUCUGAUAUUUUAACAUAACCACUGCAGAGCUGUGCUCAAAAAAUAAAACCAAAUACAUGAUUUGAGAAAUCAGAGGAAUCACUACUUGUAUGAUUAAACCCCCCAAGAGACAAGGGUAGUUUUAUGCAUUAGCAUCUUUUAGCUAAUAUUUUUUGUAAACCAAAGAAACAUGACCUGUUGGACUGGAUGUUAAGUGAUGGUAAUUGUUUAGCACUAACACUGCAGUCCUCAUUGACUUAUUAUUUAGGUUAUUGGAGAUGAGGCACAUGAUAAAAAACUGUAGAACAGAUUUAGAAAUAACAAACAUAGCAGACAAAGACAGGCUAUCAAAUAAAUGCAUCAGAACUUAGCAUUGACACGUACAGGUAGCCACAUAUACGAGAGAGCUAACAGUAAGGCCAGCAUACUACAAAUGCAAGUCAAUGUUCACAGAUUUACUUUUGUUUCCGCCAUAAAUUUGUUUUAAUCUUGAAAACUUUAGAGUCAGUUAGUGAUUUUAUUUCUGAUGGUAGGAUCUUCCAAAUCUGUGGCCCUUAAACAGAAAAAAAGGACAGAAAAGCUGACUUCUGGUUUUCUGGUGUACAGUCUCCACUAACUACACCUCUUGUAGUCGCCUCUUUAUUUGAGUAUGUCUAAUAUUUUCACUAAGUCCAUGGCAAAGUCAUUCACACACUUGAAAACCACUUUGAUGAAAGAGAAUUUUCUGAAAUUGCCCAAACUCAAUUUAUCAUACUGUUGAUGAAUUUUGCAAUGGUACAGUUUCAUUGGCUUUUGAUCCAAUGUUUUAGGGUUUGUUUGUAUAAUGAAAGCAUGGGCUUCAUUGCCGAUUGGUUGACCAGGCCGUAGACAGUUACAAAAUAGGAGAGGUGUAAUAAAAUCAUCAACUGGUAAACAGGAUCUUAUAAUUCAAAAGCGAUUUAGAUCAGUCUUGAUGGUUUUCAAUACUUUUCUGAAUCGUGCCUCAAAUUUUAUCUGAGAAUCCAACACUUUGAUACUUAAACUCAUUUAGUUUCUGUAUUUCCCAUUGAUAAAUAGUUAUCUUGAAAGUAUUACAUGGUUUUCCCUUGUGGAAAAAAAACUUUUUUCACAGUUCAAGGUUAGUAAGUUGUUUUUUAGCCACUGCCAACCGUACAUUCGAGGAAUGUUUGAAAUUAAAAGCUUAAGUGAAAAGUAUUUGCCUGGGUAUAAAAAUGACUGAAGGACAAGAUAUAUUAUUUCUUUAUCCUAAUUUUAUGGGCCUGUUAUCCCCGCUAUAAGCAAGGUGUCAGAUAAGGUCACUGAAAUGUGCUGCCUUAACUUCUUUUCUAAAUAUUUUUACUGAAGAUUUCUCUGGAGCUGCAUUUAGAAACAUAAUGUGAAUAGUUUUUAUUCCUCACUGGAAGUUGAUAAAAAAUGAUAAAGUGGCUCUGCACUCAAACUAAAUUGCAGCAAAAAACCCUGACAUGUUUAAUUAAUUCAAUGCAUGCUAGAACAAAGUCUUUGAAUCAGACAGUUUAAGGCUAAACAUCUUUUCAUGCUUGAGAUCAUAAACCAAAAGACGAUGUGAAACAAACACAUACUAUUGUUCUUCCGCCUCAAAUGAAAGAAGAAUUCGCAAUUCUUCAGAUUCUUGUCACUUGAACAUUCGCUCACCCUUUGAAUGACACAGAUUCAGACAUCCAGAGAAGCAAGAGUGAAAUAGUGGUAUUUGAAUAAAGAAAGACUGUCUCUUCCUUCAUUAAGUGCUCAGUGCUGAAAAAUUCAAAAGUAUAAAGUCUGGUGUUCUGUGAAAAAAACAUAUAAAAUUGAGAUGAGUUAAACUGACAAAGAUAAGGCUUUAUGUGGCAUUAGCUUCAUCAAUAAGAGGUACUUAUUGUGAUCCAGGGGUCAGGGAGCUCUCUCACAGUCAGAAUCACAUUUCAGUAUCUGCUCGAUAUGUAAAAUCAUGAACCAGAGCACAUUGAAAAUAUGCACGUUUGCACUCAUAUCUUGAACUCAUCUCCACAGUUAAUUUGCAGUUUAAUUGCUUUUACAGUUGUUGCAUAUGCAUCAGGUGCUCAGCAGUUAAUUGGGAGGAAAAGACAGAUCAUCAAGUUCAACAAUUAGCACCAGCACUUGCUAACCUCAACACACAAAAAUAUGUACCUAAUUAGACUAGAACUACUCCGAGGGGACACGGUGGAAAUGAUUUAGAAGUAUUCAUCGCACUAGGAUUACAUUUUCCCAGUAAUAAUGCCAUCCAGUGAGAGAUAUUUCAAUAGGCAGUAAUCUUAACUAUGAAUAGAUAUUACAGUGAUGUGCGAAAGAAAAUAUUUGCAGUUAUCCGUCUUUAUUUUUUUGCCGUCUGAACCCUCGUUUUCUUCUUUAGGUUUUGAAGUAGUCAUUAUUUUAGUCUCUCCUUAUUCAUCAUGCUCUGUGUUACUCCGUAAAUCCUAAAUUUACUCUAAAAAUGGGUCUGUGGCUUCGUCUUUCCUCCAUCAGGCAUUGGUUGAGGAGGUUUUUCCGAGAUUGGCUCUGUUCCAACACAUUAAUUUAAUUUUUUUCGAAGGUCCAUCUCCCUGAUGCAUAAUUAUUUCAUUGCCCCUAAAAUAUAAUUGCAUUUUUGUCGCUCAUCUUUGCCCUCUCUGUGGGGUUUCUAUCAUGUUACAGUUAAAUGGUUUUUUAACAUUUUACUCUGGAGAGAUGUAAGAAAUCAGCAAGCAUAGGGUUGGACAUUUGCAGUCAAUGGAAACGAAGUGUGUAGACAUGCCAAAGUAAUGCAUUUUGUGUGUUGGCCUGGUGUUAAUGAACUGUAAGCUGCAGCCAGACGUGGAAAGGUGCCAAAGAGCUGAGAGAAACAAGGUGAAAUGGCGAGUGAUUACUCUUUCACCAGAGGACUGAUAAGACUUGAUGGAUAACACAAAACAUUGAGAGAAAUAGUUUUUUAUUACUGUCUGAGACAUUGUUAUACUGUUGGAGUAAGACUUUGUGACAACAUCACUGGCUCUGCUUCAUAGAGAUUUUGAGAGAUGGGCCGAUCACACUGGAACCAAAGGCUUAGGUGUGUCAUGAUGAUUUAUCAAUGUGGACUUCUGUUUUGAUUGCAUGAACAAUAAUAUCAGGAAAAGUAAAAGCAGCCAUUCAUAUCACUUCUAUAUCUCCAUUUCAGCCGUCUUAUUUUGGUUCUGUCUCAGCAAAAUAGAAAAUCAGUCUUUUAUUUAAAUGUCUGACAGUUGAGUGAAAAAAAAUCAAAAAUGUUUUGAUGGUUUUUUUUUUUGUAUGUAGAUAUCAAUAUAAAUGAGCACAAAUAGCAAAUGAAUUUAUUUCAAUAUGCUUACAGGACUCUAGGAUGAAAAAAGUUAUAAAAUGCCAAAAGAAACGAUAUGGUUUGAUACCUCAGGAUACAAUACGAUACAAUACAAACGAUACAGUGUGAUAUGUCACGAUACAGUACGAUACCUGAAGAUACGAUAUGAUACAAUAUGACAUGACAAUAUACAAUACAAUAUGACGCGAACCGAUAUGAUCUGAUAUGUCACGAUACAGUAUGAUACCUGAAGAUAUGAUACGUUACAACAUGAAACAAUAGGAUACAACAUGACACAACAAUAUAUGAUAUUACAUGAUGUGAUAUGAUAUGACAUAACAAGAUACAAUAUAUGACCCGAUACGAUACAGUACAUCACGAUAUGAUACAAUACGUUAUGAAACUAUAUAAUAAGUGUGAUAUAGUUUCUGCUUUCUAGACAUGAACUCUUCCUUUGGCCAGUUAACUGUCAUUGACGCUCCUCUCACUGCUUUAAAUCAUGAAGUAUCAAUGUGGUGGGUCAGUUUGGUGCCACAUUUUCUAAAUUAGACUAUUAAUAUUCAGUCCUGGCAAUUUGAUAACUGUAUCGCACAGGCCUGGGCAACGAUAUAUCGCUGUGUUGAUAUCAGCAAGCUUUCUACCGAUGUCCAGGGAAUGAGUUAAAGUUUGUUUCAUGAAGGAUCGUGUUUCACACCGCACCAACAUUGAUAAGGUCGGUUUUAGCAACCCAAACGUGGUUUACAUUUGCUGCCAAACAAUAACUAUGAAUAUGUUCCCCAUUGAGAUGCUUAUGAGUUCACAGUUGAUCAACAGGAGAUCAAUUUAGUAGUUGCAGAAAGACACUUACUGGUAUUGUUAUUUUAUAUAAAUCUUUGAAUGAUUUAAGUUAAAGUUGUACAGCUGAGCGUGGAAAUUGCUGAUAUUUAUUCAGUUAACUUUAAUCUUAUCUUUCAAAUUUGUGCCUUUAGAUAGGAGCUGAAGGGAGACAGAAAUGUAAAGAGUAGUGAAAAUAUACAAUGGAGUUGUAGUCUGGAGUUGAGCAAUUUGAACCCCUUUGUCUAUUAGUAAUGUGUUUUAACUGCUUCGACACCUGUUGCCCCCCAUUUUGCUGUUCUUGCGCUCAGGGUGAAUCUCAUUUUGUUGGACUAACUGACCAAAAUGAUUAACAGCCAAAUAGGAAAUUGGAGCCUGGAUAUAUUUUUGCCAUUAUGUGUAAAUUGAAUUAAAAGAAAACGAAGUUCUCCAUGUUGUAGCUGAUUAACAGACUUAAUAAAUGGCUGGCCUUUUGCUUUCUUACUAAAAUUACAUUUCGCAUGUUAUGAAAGAAUUAAAAAAUCAAUCAAACAAGGUCAAUUAAAAAUGGAUUUGAAAUAUUGUUCAAAGCAGACGUGUUUCUUUAGUUUGCAUCACAUUUGCAUCAACAUGCUUGAAAACCAAAUGAACCGGACAAGCUCUACGAUUAAGAAAGCAAAACUACACAAAUUUAUUCAAAACAGAGUUAAAAUGUCAACAGUCUUUAUUUUUAAUGUUUCUAUGUGUUUAAAAAACCAGAAAGCCUUUCAGUUUGAGGAGUUAGUUUCAGAAAACCAGCUUAGUCUUCAUCUUGAUUAUCACUGAACAUCAUAUUGUGUCUUUAAUUUGCUGUAAGAAUCACGUCUAUCUCUCACCACCAAGGUCUGAUCUCACAGUAACCCUGACGUUGAGUUGGUCCACCUCUCUUGUGUGUGUUUCUCCUUGAUGUUGCGUUUGUACAUCAGCCUUAAGUGCUGCUCGUUGUCACUCAGAGAAGGAAGGUCUGAGGUCACCCUUGUCAUGUUGAAUGUCAACAAGGAAGAGUAAAAGACAGAUUUAUAGCUGCAAUAAAAGCAUCGUGGACACAACCUUUUACCUGUCAGCUUAAGUACCGCAGGUUUUUGUGCGGUUGCUGGUGUGUGUGUGUGUCCACAUGUUGCUUUUAACGUUCCAGUGUGCUUUAUGAAAAAAAGAAAAACAUUCCAGCGUAACAUUAUGACAUUAGCUGAGCUUUUACGUCUUAAACGUUGACUCUGUUAGUCACCAAUGGCUAGUUUUGUUUCAAAACUUGACCGCCAAUCAUCCAAGCGGCGAAGUCAUGGUAGACUUAGUUUGAGUUCAUUAGCUGUAAGGAGCUGGCAUAAGCCAUAACAGUCUGCAGAGUAAGUGUACAUUAGUAUCACCAUUAUGCAUUUCCUGGGUGACUUAAAUGGAUACGCGUUGUUUCGAAAUCGUGCUUUAGCACAAGUCAGCAGUUAGAGCUGCUGCAGAGAAAGAUGACCAGACUGUGAGAGGAGGAAGGGAGGGAUAUUUCAGAGGAAAGGUAAAGGAGAAAUAAAAAGACAGAUUUUUGCCAACUUAUAAGACUUGCAAAAGUAGGUAGAUGCAGAUGGACCGUCAGAGUCAUGGGACUGUGACGAUGAUGGAGAAGUAGAAAAUGCAAAGCUGUAAUUGUCAGUAACUGUUGUAUUUAGACAGUGAGGAUUGGAGGAAGAAAAAGGCUGGCAGGGAGGAGGAAGGUGUAAAUCAGCAGUGUGAGUGACGGCUUUACGUGCCCCUCGGAGCCCCAACUAUCCGAUUAAUGAGAGGAGGGAAACCUUAACCACCUCUCCCUUGAUGCCUCUGCUUUUCCUGCUAUCUUGCACUUUCUGGAACAUAAAUCAUAGACUCUUAAGCAGUCACUUUAGGGAGCUGCUACACAGUUCUUCCUCAAAAUGUUGACUGGAAGAUUCCCCUGUCUUAUGACAUGCUGCAGUAAUGAGAUUUCACUGCAACCAGUGUCCAUUGAAGUGCAUUAAUUACAUCUAAAACUAACAGCAGGCAGUGCACCUAGAGUAAAAACAUCCGCCUCUCUGCACCUCUGAAGCUCACUUUUUAACACAUGGUAUUUUGUUUUACUUGUAUAAGUAAAAUGUGUUAAAACAACAAGUUGGGGUUUACAGGAAGCCAUUUGCCAGACUGUUUCUUGGACUGGCACAUUGACUUAUUUUCUUUAAACCUUUUUUAAGUAACAUUCACACUUUGGUUUUUGUGUAAAUUUGUCAAAUAUGAUAUGGUACUUAAUUUAAUAAGCUUUAGAGGCACUAGUAUAUAAAUCAAGGUAUUAACAAGCUGUUAUGGGCCUUUUACAAUCAUAGGCUAUUGGUGCAUAUGAAUAUAUAUAUAUAUUUUUUAUAUUUACGUUUUCCAACAGCAGAGGUCAUUAGAAAAAAACACUUGAGUCUUUCUAACACAUAGGACUCUCACUAUACGGGUGGGUUUUCUCCCCACAUAGGCUGUUGUCUUUCCACUGUGGAAACAUGGUGGAAAAACUUGAUGCUGUACAUGUUUCUGUGUUUAGUGGUUGCAAAAUGCUCUGAUUGGAAGACAUGGGAGAAAGUAGUGAUUGUGCGCAAAAUAAUUUGUAUCAGUUGAUGUAUUUUGAUGGCGAAACUUGACAAUUGGUCGAUUAAUUAUUGAAUUCAUAAAGGUAUUGAUGUUUCGAGGAGACUCACUCUUCGUUAGAUACCUCACAGAUUCUGCGAAACACAUCAGACUCAUCUGCAGUGUAUAUUGACAUGAUAUACUCUGUUAUGCUGUAGUUCAAAAAUUCUCUUUUAUUGAGUGUCACAUCUGUUAUCAAUGAUUUCUUCUUGCCUGACAUCAGUUUCGGUAUCACUCUAAAAUACUUCAAGUAUCUGUCAGGUUGUAUUUGAGUGUACCAUGCCUCAUGAGCUUGUUGCAGGUUGUAUCAUCAUACUGACUGUACAGACAUGAGUUGUUUCAAUCUUCUCAUCUUACUCCCAGAAAGAAAAUGAAUAAAUGUAUUUCCCAAAAUGUCAAGCUAUUUCCUCAAAGUGAUAGUGUGUGAAGUGCGGGGCUGUCACAUGUAGAGAUGAGGCUGCACUUAAAAAGAAGAUAUUUAAAAGUAAAAGAUGUGGAAAGAAAGCAAACGGAGAGAUUUUUAGAUUAGUGCCAGAGGGAGGAAAUUGGAAUUUUUUUAUGCUCUUCUCAAGUUAAAAAAAAGUUAUUUCCAGUUUAUCUGAAGGGCACUGGGUUUCUCGUCAGCUCGAGUCUUGUUCAGCCUCUUUUGUAUGAGGGUGUGUGUGCGUGUGUGUGUGUUUGAGCUGGUCUUAGAGUUCACAUAGUUUAACCAGUUCACUGAGGUCAAGUGCUGGAAGCUGGGUUGAUGAUCUAAAACAAGAAAGAGUCAGACAUGCCUUUUUUCUAAAGAUAAACCUCCCCCUUGUAGUAAACGCCUCCAAAGAUAUUUCAGUCCAACACGUGUUGUGACAGAGACAAAGCAGGCUUUACUUCAUUCGUGCCUUUUUACCCUGAAAGCCACAGGUUUCUUAAUCUGCCGCGACGGCUCCUUCGAGAGAUGGCCUCACUCAGAAAAAAAAAAAAACCCUCUCUCUUUCUCUGUUUCACUUUCCCCGCCCUUCCCUCUGCGUCUUCAGUGCUAUUAAAACCUAAACAAGAUCUCCUGGGCUGCCUGCCUUGUCAUGCACUUUCAUCCCAAAAGGAGCAGAAAAGAAAGAGAUGUAAGACAAUAAGCCGAAAGACAGAUACGCUUUGAAAGUGAAGAACUGGCUCCCUGGGCUUGUUAAACUUCUUGAUGUUGAAGGUGUCAGAUGGAGACGCACUGUAAGGAUUUAUAACCCCAGUGAGUGAUGCAACACCUGCAACAUGCUUUAGCAGCAUCUGGAUAAAAUGUCACUUGUGUUUCUGUCUCUAUUGAGACACCUCAGAGGAGCUGUGGAGGCACAUCAGUGGUGCACAUCUGCUCGAAUGCAUCCCUACUCUGAGCAAAUCUGGGGAAUCUUAUUCAUGGAAAUGAAGUUAUUCAUUAAAACUAACAGAAAUCAAAGCUUCUCAGUAUACUCCACUCUUCUGUAUCUCAAUUAUGCAACGGUGUGAAAACAGUGAGAUUGUCUUGCAAGUUUUAUCGGCUGUAGCACUAACUAAAUCUUGCAGUAUGAUUGUUUCAUGACUUUCUCAGACAUGAAUUAUUUUGUCAGUGGUUAGUAGAGCAUGUUUUUAGUGUUGGGGAAAAUGUUUUGAUUGAAACUUCAGCCUUCACGAUUUGAGUUGAGCAUUCGCCCUUACAGUGAUGACAAGACACUUUCUCUGUUUCGCCUCUGAGUUUGAGUUUUAUUCUUUUUCACUUCAUGUAACAUCAGCGGUUGUCACGCACAGUAUGAGUAAAAUAUGUAAUAGGUUAUGAAAUUGUUUAGCAUUGCAAUGGGAGGUAUGAGUAAAUAAGUGUGUAAUGAAAUGUGUGCUUAACAGUAAUACGGUUUCUCUGUUUGUUGCACUCGGCACCUUUCUGUUAAACUCAUAAUCUCUCCUUCACGUACAAUAAGUACAAUUUCAAAUAGCAAGUGUGAUGAUCAGAGAGUUGUUAAAGUCCAGCGCAUGAUUUGUUGGAUAACUUAUCUUUUUUUUUUUUACAACAUAAUCUUGAAACGCAACUCAAAGAAAACCAAAACACCAAACAGAGAGAGUUAGAAGAUGGGAAGUCCUUCCCUCCUUAAAAAAGAAAAGAGAUGCAGAUACACACAGGCAUGUUUUAAAUUAUCUUCACAUUUCAAUACAAAAAAAAAAAAAAAGGAUUUGGAAAAUUAAUGAUUUUUCACUACUUCUAUAUUCCCUCAUAUUUGGUUUUCUGCAGCCCAAGGGGAUAAAGAAGGUUAUCCUCUCCUUUAUAAAUGAUUGCUAAGAGUUUGGAUGCAUAGCCUCUGCAGGAAUGUGCUUUUUUUAUAAUUAUUAAUCAGGGAUUUUUUCAUUUUUCCAAUAAUACUACAGUUAUUUCUUCUUUCGAUUGAUCAGUCAUUUAACCCCAAGGGUAUUUACAUGCAGAAAAGCUUCAAAUCCACUCAGCUGAAAAACCAUGCCUGGUUACUGUAUUUAGAAGUAACUUAAAAUAUCAAUAAAAGGCCUGUCAAUCAUCUCAGCACCUUACUGUUGUAAUUUUUCCUGUCAGGUGUUAAUUUGUUUGAUUCACAGUUUGGGACUGGGCUGACAAAAUAGAUUCAGCUUUUAUUUUUUACAUUGUUUUACAAUAAAGACUGAACUGGUGCAUGUAAUGCAAUAACACAGAGAAAAAUCCACAAAUUAACGGUUCACAUUUAAAAUAUACAAUCAUACUUUUUAGUCACACUCAAGUCCAAAAGUACAUGAACUAUAUCCAAGAAGAAAGGUAAGAUGUAAUUGAAAACCUGGCUUUUCUUCUCAAUUGCCGUCAAGACACAGAAAACUUAAAAGAAAUGAAAUAGUAUUCAUGACUCAGAUCAAGGUUUGACUUCACAGCAUUCACAACUUGUCAGGAAACAUGUUAACAUACUUCAGUUUGUGAGUGUAAGUGUGUGGGUUUGUGGAGGAACAAUAUGUCUGACCUCUUCAUGUUGAGCAGUAAGCAGUACCUUGAGAUGUGUAUGUCUUUGAAUGUGUUUAAGUGUGACUCUCUCUUCUUCUUCCUUUUUUUCCCCCUCUCUCUCUCUCUCUCUCUCUAUCUCAGGUCAAUCUCCUCAUUGUUAAGUUACAUAACGGCACUAACAGUCAAGUAACAAUCCAGCAGCGUUCGUGCUGAGGGUGGUUCUCUCCAGCUGAGAGCUCUUCUCUAAGUUGUUGUUGACUUUUCAACCCGACUGCUGGAGUAGACUGUUAUUUUUUACUUUAUUUUUUUUAUCUGCAAAUAGAGUUGAUCUCUGCAGUCAAAUCUCUGGAGUUAAUUUAUGAAAAUGAAGUCACACACACCACAGAUUUUGGACUUUGGUGAAAUUUAACUCUUUAAAUGCUGAGCACACCAUCAACGAAAAGUUGUAUUUUAAUAUCAAACUGUACAGCAUGAGUUUUUUUAGUGUUGUAGCAGAUACAGUAAUUGCUGUCGUGGUAAACUGCUCUGAGUGUAACCAAAACAGUUCUUUUUCUAGACUUGCAUAGAAAAGUAAACAAUUGAAAUAUCACUCAGUGUUGAGAUAUUUGAGUUGACACUUAGUCGAGUGUCUUUGUCUCAAAAACAGCUUUAAGUAAUGUUUUAAGGAUACAGCUAAAAAGACAUUCAGUUUGCUGUACUGCUUUAUGGAACUAUAAUUACGUGUUAUUUUGUCUCCCUAUGGAUUGAGGGUAAUUUUGAUCACUUGAGUUGUCUAAAGUUUCUCUUUUUUGACAGAAUAGUUAUUCAUGCUGGUUUCUCUUAACGACUUUUACACAUGGAGAAUUUUUGUUGAGGAAAAUUAAAAAAAAAGACUAGAAACAAGACUCUGAAACAAGACUCUAAAAAGACUCUGAAAAGACUCUAAAAAAUGACUGACUAACUUAAUCUGGCACCUACUUCCAGCAAGUGUUUUCAGGUAUUCAUAGUAUGUAGAAAUCCUAGCUGUUUGAGUUAAAGUCUUGUAAACUUAAGUAAAUCAUUUCAAACCAUCAGUAUUAAUUUUUUGUCUUUUCUUUUUUGUAACCAGUCAAAAACUCCUUACGAGACCUUUAACAUUUAGAUAUUAAUCAUGGAUCAAGAUGAGAUGUACCUUAUUGUAGGGUCCAGCGACGUAAUUGUAUUUCUAUUAAUACUUUUAGAGCUUCGUGCCAAAAUAAAUCAAAUCAGUUUUGGAUUGUAAACUCAAAGUUUACUUGAGUUUGAUUGUUUCCAUCUGUACACAUAAUGUAUAAUUAGAACCAAAAAAAAUGUAAUACAUACAGUUUGGCUUAAAUACAUCAUUGGCAUAAAAGUCUGAAAAUGAAAAACAGAUGAAAACAAUACUGCUUUUGGACGAUAUACAAACCACAAUGGAUGAUUGCGUCUAAUUGCUUAAGUGUAUGUUUAGGUAUAAUCAUGAAUUUUAUAAUCAUGAAUAUUUAAUCCUGAUCCUGUCGCUCCCUAACAGUCCUCCUAAAAUAAUACAGAGUUAUUAAUAAGCCUUUAAUUCAAUUUAAGUCAUUCCUUACAGAUAAAACUGAUUUUAGAUGCAGUUAUCAUGAAAAUGAGUAACUUUAAGGAGCUAGUUUUGAUUCAAGUGUUGUAUCAGGACAAGUGUCUUUUAAUUCCUGUUCACCCAGUUUAGCCAGUGAUGAUUUAGAUUUGUUACACUGCCAUUGAGGAACUGACGAAAGUGUAUUUUGAUUAAGAAAAGAUCUUUGUGACAUCGGCCUUGUGAGGGCUGAUGCCAAUUUGGUGCCGAUCAUUUCACAAAUUUGCCCAAUUAACCUGCCAGCUGAUUGAUCGAUCUGUCUCUUGCCAGUAGAUUAGCAACUUUCUAAGAUUAUAUCAGUUACAUGUGGACAGGAGAAAUAGGAUUGGGUCCAGUUUAAGCUCAGUUACAAACAUCCUCUGCAUCUCAUAAAGAAGGACAGAAGGCAUGAGGUUACUUGUGUUUAUUUUGCAUUGAGGGCACAAAGAAGAGAGAGCACAGGGUGAAACUUGGAGGGGUGAUCAGGUGAGUGGUGUACUCUGUGAGACGCUUCUCCCAGGUCUGCCUGUGCUCCUGAGAGCCAACAGCACAAUAGUCCUUCAGAAUAUUAUGUCUUAACUGGUGUUACAGGAUGUCCCAGUAUCUGAAUAUCUGAUUUUCUUUAUCAGAGACAUCAAAGUUAGUCAUUGAAAUCUUCUUUAGAAACUGUUUUUUUCUCCCUCCUGAGUCUGCAUGACCAGCACGUGUUCUUAAAAAUGUCUUGCAGACACCUGUGCACCUCAGUCGUCUGUGUUACAACCCUGCCUCUGAAGCAGCUGCAGUGAAGUGAAGUCCACAUCAGGAGAGUUUAUUAUGGCUAAAUGACCAGAUGCACUCCUGACCUGUAGUGUAGCCGGCUGCUCAUGCAGUGUGGAGCAGAAGAUGCCCGUGAUCGUCUCCGCUGGUCUAUUCAUAGCUGUGGCAGUGUGACUCUCCCACCUCUCACUGGCUGUUUCCUGCUUUCCCUCUUUGCUCAAUUACUUCUCCUCUGACUCCCACAUGUGGGUCUCGAGCUCUUUGGCAGGAAAGCUUACCUUGUGGAGGAGGAGGAGAGCUGGUGAAGAAAGGCAUGCAGAAAAGACUGGAAUGUAUAGUGCUUUGGAAACAGGACAGAUUUAGCACCUAUAGUGGUAUUUCUUCUAAAUUCACUGAUCUGUAGUGCAUCAUCACCUUCUUCUUACCCCCCUAAUCCCCUGACAGCUGGCGAACUUAAACAUCAAUUCAGUAUUUAGCCAUAUUCCUACGAGCCUGGUCCAUACUUAAAAGGGAAAAAAAAGUACAGCUAUAAUUGCAGCGUGAACCAAAUAUCCAUAAAUUAUCAUAUAAAAAGUCAAAUAAGAGCCAUUCUCAAAAUGCAGCUCUCGAGGAUCGGGCCCAGAGGCGGAAAUGAAAAGAAACAGAAGCAGGGUUAUAAAGAGUGCUGAAAGAGAUACAGUAAAAAAUGUAGGAGGAGGAUGGUGUACUCAUCCUGUCAGACAAUGUUUUUCUAGUACUUUCCUCUCUCUCCCUCCCACCGACCCCUUUUAUCCUUCUUUUUUUUUCUGCUGAUACAACCUCCUCCUGUCUGCUGACUAACUGACCCACAUUCCUCACUGUGACUCGCUGCCCUUAGAGCUAGCGUGCGUGUGUGUCUGUGUGUGUGUGUGUGCUAGAGCUUACACUUCUGCUUGUCAUCUUUUUGUGAGUGUGUGUGUGUGGGUGUAUGUGCUUGUCUAUCUCUGCCUGUGCCUCUCCCCUGCAUAAAAAAAAAGAAAGAAAAAACUGUGCCGUGUCCCUCAGGCUCCAGCAGGAACCAAUUAGAAGAUUGCUCUUUAGAGGAGCAUCAGUCACUGAACAUAAAUGAUUGGGUAAAACGCCUCAUUUACUCGCUCACUUCAUGUUUGUCUGCUUCUGCCCGGUCACACUCAGUCGGGGUCUCUGGUUGGAGUAGUCAUGUCUCUUCAUUAAAUAGAUAGGCAGGGCCGAGGGAGAUAAAGCUCCCUCCAGUGGAGGGCGGGGUCUCUGCAAGUAUGACAAAAUAUAAUUUUGCAAGCCAAGUGAGUGUUUCUGGCAAAAUUUAGAGAUAGUAACAACUGUUCAUCAUUGGUCUAGGAUUAAAGAUAUCUCACAUUUGUAAACAAUGCACUGAGGCAUUUUUAACCCUAGAACACUAUCGCUGGGUGAUUUCCCCCGACCAAACAUGUUUACGUGAUUUUCAUUAUGUUGCGUUUGUCUGAGUAUCAUGGGUCCCUGGGUAGCUUCAGCAUUGCUUUUGACAUCUUUGAAGGCAUAUUUGUUUCCCUGAUCCAAAACCUGCUUUUUCCUACAGGCACGUGUUUGUGUGAUUUUCACGUGGCAAUAGUGAUAGAGGGUAAAGUAGAUUUGGGUUAAUUUGAUAGGUGCAUGUAGGGAAUAAGGUCAGCAAGUGGAUAUGAAUAACGAUCACAAAGUAGUUAUUUCAAGGGAAUUCAUAUGGUGAUAAGAACUAUUUUUAGUCAGCUGGUCAUUUUUACUCACUCAAAAUCGGCCAUAUUUUGGUUCUCUCUCCUGCAGUUGUUAUUGUGCAAAGGACCCUGGAGUUUUCACCAGGGAAGACCUACAUGUCCCAGGUCCCCUCAUGGCACUUUUUUUCCUCCCUUUGGACAUUACACAGUUAAAAAUAAAAGAAAACUGCUUUAAUUUGUCAUGUAUUGUCCUAUUUUGAUAUAUUUUGAUGACAAGUACUUUUGGGUAGAAAUAACCCGGCAAUAGUGAUGGUGUUACUAAUUUUAGCCAUAGUGUUCCAGGGUUAAGAGAGGCAUAAUGACUUACAAUAACAAACUUGUGUAGCGAGUAUGCAGUUGCUCAGGCGAAUUCCCCAGUGUUGCUGGUGCUUUUAAAUUUUUAUUUUUAUUCUUUUACCAGGAAAGGCUUUAAGCAAUAAAAACAUACUUUAAAGGGAUAAUGUAUGGUGAGCAGUUGGUUAUGUGAAUAAGAGUCCUGCUCACCCUAAAAGGAGUUUGACUUAUGUGCACCUGCUCAUCAUAGUUAAAACCAUUUCUUAUUGGCUACCAAACAAAAACAAAAGCAAGUCGACACAAAAUAUAACCUUAAAGAUGAUUUAUUAACCUUAAAAUACUAUACAGCUAAAAAAAACAUAGUUCCUCCGAUUAUGCUUCAGAAGUGUUUCCAUGGCAACAGAUUCUUGUAAACCUAGUUGCAGUACAAAUGAACGAUACAUUGAACUUUUAUAACAAGGGUAAAUCUUUAUUUUGCUUAUUUAUUAUAAUUUUGAACAUAAUAAAGGCAAAUUUCACAACUUUAACUUUGUAGCUGUUAUCCCUUAUGAUCAAGGUUCCUUUACGGUGAUCGGCUGUUGCCUGAAUUGCAGUACAGGAUCUUGCUCCAGUUCUCCCUAUCAGAUUAUUUGGUCCCAGUUACUCCUCAGGCUGCUCUUACAUCAGUGCUUGAUAACCAUCAUUAUUUUAGGAACUAUUGUUUGUGCCAAGGGGUUUUGACCAAUCAGAAUCAAGCAUUUAACUGAGAAUAUCUGGGUUAUAACCCAUGUUAGGGUAUGAAAUUGAGUAUAUUCAAAGGCUUUUAUCCCUGCUUGUUUAGCUGAACAAACAUCAGAUUUAUGUUUGUGAUCAAAGUGUGAACUGUUGGGGUCAGCUAUAUGCUUUCUACCGCAAUUUUUUACUGAUAGGCUGAGAUUUACAGCAACACUGCAUGCCCAGCUCUUUAUGUCUCAUGUCAUGGGAGGUAUUCCUUAGGGUGGGGAUGAGUUAUGAGUGUAUCCCAAGAAGCCUUUCUGUCUUGUAUUGAAGAAGAUACACAUCUUGUAAAAAGAAUCAAACUGGGAACGUGAGAUAGAUUGACUUCAUUUUGUGUGUAGAUUACAGUAAAUAAAAAUGCAUGACAUAAAAAAAAAUUCUGGAGUUGUCACCAUCAACUUGGCCUGAAAAAGUGUCUUUGUCUCAUCUUUCUUAAUUUCAGGUAAAACAGGUCAGUUUAACUCUGGGAGGGCUGCUGAAUUUAAGAAGAUAAGGAGGAGAGGAGGACCCCAAAAAUCAAGGCUGGACAGAGUGUUUCAAUCUGUGAGACGGGAUGGCUCUGGUUGACAAACAUAAAGUGAAACGCCAGCGGCUGGACAGGAUCUGUGAAGGUGAGAUACACUCUUUCCCUCCUUGCUUUUUCUCUGUUCUUUGUGUUCAUGUAAAUUUGCGAUGCCAGCUCCACAUCUGCAGGUCACUGGGAGCUGUGAUUCAAGUCGUGGGAUGUUUUCCCCUUUGUGUGUGUGCGCAUGUAACUUUGAGCUUGUGCCGGUUUAUGCCGUAGCUCAAGAGAAAGAUCCCCUCCCCUGUUUUAUGGAAAUGAAGUUUCCACCAGUGUUUAAGCCUUUCAGCCUUCUGCUACAAAUUUGUUGAAAAGCCAGUGGGAUCGUUUGCAUAAGUGUGUUUGUGAGUGUCAAAAGGGAGCCUUGGGACCGGCCGUGGCUCCAAACUUGGGCUUUGAAGGCUGUGUGAGAGGGAGAGGAGAGUGUGUUUUGGGGUUUGUGUGUGUAUUUUCGAAAAGUUUGAGUUGUUGGUGGCUGAAUGAGAACGAGUUCGAUGUUUUUAGAUUGCUGGAGAGAUGAAGUAGGGAGUUUGUUAAAAGAGAGGAACUCCUCAGAGUCCUGGUAUUGAUUAUAGCUCGGGUUGAUUUGUAUGUGUGCACUUAAGAGUGUGUGUCUAAGUGAAAGACAAAGCAAGAACAUUUUUCAUCCAUUUUUCCACAACCCUUUUUUUUUAACUCCAGAUAGAGUCACUAAAUGUCUCAUGACUUGAUUCAUGAAAAAAUGAAAUAUGCAGAGAGUCUACUGCAAGACUUGAUUUGAUACUUUGAACUUGAACAAAUGAAACCCCAACAAGAUUUAUUCGUCAGUACUCAGAAUUACAUCUCUAUCCUUGCAGCUGAAGAGACGUGAAUGUGCACAACACUUGUAUAAGAGCAUGAGAUGAUUAUCUCUGUAAUUUCCAUAAAUAGUGCAGUUAUAACCAGAUGUAUGGUGAGAUUACAGCUGCAUAUGAGGGGCGUGUUGGGCGUAGCCUCCUUUACUGCAGCUGCUUCAGGUGAGUCUGCAAAUUUGCGUGCAAAACAGCCGCUUUGUACAAAGUCGACAUACAUCCCUGUUCUUGUCUUUUAUUUUCCAUCUAUGGUGUAGAUCCUUAAAUACUUUGACACCACUCUCUCAGAUGCUUUGGUAUCAUGAUUACGACACACAGCGACUAUUUCCAAGCCUUUAUCUACCAGUGGUAAACUGUAUUCCUAUGAGUUUGGACAGCUCAUUACAGUUUGAGUCUGAACUUUUCCCAAGAGGUCAAAUGAAGGUUUGAAUUUGGGAUUAAUCGUGACAGCCCUAGUCCACAGGGGGUGCCAAAACUGACACAAACAAAACCUUUUUCACAGGAGCUUUAACAGGAUUUAAAGGGAAAUAAAAAUAUCUGUUGAUGCUGAAAUGAGAUUAAAAAAUUUGUGAAAAAUGUACUUCUUGGCUUUCUUGAAAAUCAACAGCCUUCAGUGAGAAAGUUUCUUCCUGAGUUAAUGUCAUCCCCCUUUACUGUAAUUUUUUUAAGAUGAUGUUAUUUGCAAAUGUGGCAAAUAACAUUUCAAAACAUUUAAAAAGUCGAGACAAAUUGCCCUCAUCUUUGUGAGUUUUUCACUCAGCCUUUCAGUGCAGCUGUUUAGAGGUGCUUUUAACACUCUGGACUGACUGCAGACAUCUCUUUAUUCUUAACCGUUUCCCUCUUUAUGUCCAUUAAACACGCCCAGGCUCUUAUCUGAUGCAAUCCUCUCUACUUUCCUCAAAGACGGUCACAGUCCUCACUGUCUCAGUCCAUUUUAAACCCUUUAUUACACUGUGCAAGAAGCAACAUUUAAACUUGUCUAAAAAGGAAAUCAUGUGAGAUAAUAUUUUUUUUUAAAUGGCAACAUAGUAAAUAAUUAUUUUUGUUUAUUUUUAUUCUUUUUAAAUAUUGUUGUGGUUUAAAUUCUAACGUCUGUAAAAGAAAACCAAUAUCCCAGCAUCUCCUCAGUCCUCUGAACGUGAAACCAUUGGAUUGUCUUUGAAUCACUUUUAAAUGAAAACUGCAGCAUAUCAGCAUUCCUCAUUUCUCAGGAAAAUACUUUUUAGAUUUGAAACAGUGUAAUAGAUUCCUAAAUGAAGCUGUGAUUCUGUGUGUUUCCACCCUCAGAUUAGAGCCACAUGUGGCGUCUCAAACCUCUCCAAACCACCAGCCCUGCUCUCUUGGAAUCACUUUCUCCCUCUUUUUUUUUUUCCAACUUGGAAAAUGACUGCUCUCUCUCUAUCUCUCUCUAAAGAGGUAAAAAUGUUCGACAUCAAAUAACAAUAUUUUCUGAUCUGCCCCAUUAGUCCCACAGACAUCUUUAGCAGUGUCUGCAUCUCUUCUGCUUAUCAACAAUGCAGCUAUUCUGCAACAAAAAAAAAAAAAAAAAAAGAGGAAAAGGGAAUUUUUUUUUCUUGAUGCAGUUAGUCACCGCAGCUGCUCUUAAAAAUGUGUAGAAAAGGGUGAUUCACAUCCAGGAAGUUAAAAGAUCAAAGGAUGGUGAAUCACGUUGUUUUUCACGGUAGCGUUAAAUGUGCUCAACCGUAGAGAAAGGGUAUUUCAAAACCAGAGGCAUGGGGUGUUCUGCACUAUAAUGUCAGAGCCACCCACUAUUAUCUAAAAACAGAGUGUUUGGACUGAGGCGUGAAAUAGAAAUCAAAGUUUGCAUCAUGUGUAUUGACAAAAAUAGGAACGUUAUGGAGUGGCUGUGAUUGCGUUGCCGUUGUGGGUUGCACUUUGGCGAGACAGCCAGAGAAGCUUCCCUAAUCUCCAUUCAUCUUCUGGGAUAACUGUGUCAAUCCAAUACUUGUUUCACAGCAGCGUGCAUUGAUUACAUCUUUGCUCAUUGUGAUGAGUGGCUAACUGAGCCAUGCCCGUGGCCCAAAUUGAAUUGGAAAUGGCUGAUCCAGUGUCGCCAUUUACUCCCAUCAAGAGCAGUCACGGUGCUGGAAUGUAGUUUUCACUCUGGUGGAUGUUUCACUAUUGAAGAUAACUAAUGUGUUUUAUUAUCGUCGCCGCUUUUAUCUAGGAUUUUUGCGGGUUUCAAAUUUGACAUGCAAGUUCGAAACUUUCUAUUUUUCAAUUUUUCCACCAUCAAUCAGAAAAUAGUGAUCUCAUUUUCCAAGAGCUCGACAUGACAUCUCGAUAUGCCUCAUUUAUUUCCAAACAAUUGUCACAAAUACUCAAGAAUUCGAGUAACAGUGACAUAAAACAGAGAAGUCACACAGCCUCAGUUUAAAUCUGGAAACAGUCAUUUUGUCUUGGGUUUUUCCCUGAUAUUACCGCUGAACUUGUAAACUAUUCAGAUCCAGACACAUAAUGUCUUGUGAUUAGCUUUUAUUGCAUGACCUCAGAAACAAGAACUGGUAUCAAGUACACACGCUGUGUAAAAUGCUUCUUUUCUCUUACGGCUGUCCACCAGUGAGUCUGACUCUGCUUGAGGUUUCUGCCUGUUGAAAGGAAAUUUCCCCCCUCACCACUGCUGCGCUGUGCUUACUCACAGUUGGAUUAAAGUGGGGUAUUAUUAAAUGGGAUUGCAAAGAGUAUGGAAAGACUUACCCUUGAUAAGCACAUCCAUAUUUUGUAGCAAGGCUGUAGUAGUCCAAUCGUCAGUAGAGCUUGUUAGUUGAUUCAACAAGAUGAAGUGAAAUGUGAUCAUCUUUACAAUCUUAAUUUUACGUUAUAUUGAAGAAGUUCCUGUCAAAAGCAACACCAGCCUUAUUAAAAUAUAUUGUGAUGUAUGACUUUUAAUAGACACUAAAAGGAAAGACUUGAUUGUGUAGUGUUGUAUCAGUGGGGAGGUUCAGUGAUAAAUCAGUCAGGAUCAACAAUCCUGAGCCCUGCUCAAAGUAUAACUCAGUGUGUUUCUGUAUGUUAGCAUAUAUCAGUCUCCAUGCUUUUAAAACACUGUCUGUCAUUAUAAUUUCUCUGUCUAUGUGUGGUUUAGUUGAUGUACUGAUGGUGUCUUGUCUUGGGUUUUUACCUGAUAUUACCGCUGGACUUGUAAACUAUUCAGAUCCAGACACAUAAUGUCUUGUGAUUAGCUUUUAUUGCAUGGCCUUAGAAACAAGAACGCAGUGUGAAAUGCUUCUUUUCUCUUACGGCUGUCCACCAGUGAGUCUGGCUCUGCUUGAGGUUUCUGCCUGUUGAAAGGAAAUUUCCCCCCUCACCACUGCUGCACUGUGCUUACUCACAGUUGGAUUAAAGUGGGGCAUUAUUAAAUGGGAUUACAAAGAGUAUGGAAAGACUUACCCUUGAUAAGCACAUCCAUAUUUUGUAGCAAGGCUGUAGUAGUCCAAUCGUCAGUAAAGCUUGUUAGUUAAUUCAACAAGAUGAAGUGAAAUGUGAUCAUCUUUACUAUCUUAAUUAUGUUAUAUUGAAGAGGUUCCUGUCGAAAGCUACACCAGUUUAAUUAAAAUGUAUUGUCUACUAUUACGUUUGAUAGACACUAAAAGGAAAGACUUGAUUGUGUAGAGUUGUAUGGAGGUUCGGUGAUAAAUCAGUCAGGAUCAAAUAUAACUCAGCGUGUUUCAGUGUGUUAGCAUACAUCAGUCUCUGUGCUUAAAAAAACACAGUCUGGCAUUUUAAUUUCUCUGUAUUUGUGUGGUUUAGUUGAUAUACUGAUGGUAUCUACACUUGUCAGGAUUUCAUUUGAGUUGUAAAAACAAUAAAAGUCUGUUUUAAUUGUUACAAACUGUGACUCUUAUUUUUCCCGCUGAGCCGAACAGCAUUGUUUAGUUUAGUUAUCAGCUUUCAGAAUGUAUACGCUACAACUGUUCCUUCUGUUGUGGGUUUGUUAAAGUGCCAAGAAGAGUGUUACUGCAAUAUGGGAACUGUGGCAAACAUCUGUUGCGAGCAUCAGUUCCCAUACUCACUCAUUCCCCCCCUUUUUUUCUCCCUCCCCACCUCUCUCUCCCUCUCUCUCUCUUUCACUCUCCCUUUCUGUCUCUCCGUCUGUCCACUCCAUCUGUGUACCCAGCAUGCAUUGGCUCGGGCGGGAAUGCAAGUCGUUGCCAUUGCCAUUUAGCCAGAGCUAACUGACUGAUCUGGGCAGAGAUGGGAUGUGAGCGGCACUGCGACGUGAACUAGGUCACAGUGACAACAUGUUCCUGAAUGUUGAUUUACAAGUUGUAAAUCUGUGCUUGGAUGCAAACACCACAAGGUGGGGUAGUGUAAUUUGUCAUGGCUAUUCCAAGUGUUGUGGUUGGCAGUUCACUAAAUAUGUAAAUGCUUGAUAAUGCAUCUUGUUCUGUCAUGUGUAAAACAUAAGGAAAUGUUAAAAAUGUAGCAGUGGGUAAAGUGGCCAGUCAGGCUAAAAAAGCAUGAAACUUAGCUCGUGAAUUAUUCAUUUUCUCACAUUUAAUGGACAAGGGAGCUUUUUUUUUGUCGUGAAUUGCCUCAUAUUAAAGAGAGGGAGAAAGAGUACAUAGGAGGAGGGGGGGUCCUGAUGUCAUCCCCCUGAGCGGGCUGGAGUAGGGGGCCUCUGUGUCCUAAGUUCUUUAGCACAGGGCUUUAUCCACCUCUCUGCUUUCAUCCCUCCCUCUCCUCCGUCUCCCCACGCUCUGGCAUCCAGCUAUGGGUAUGAAGUCAUCGGAGCGGUCUCUGGGUUUGACCCCCCCUCGGGCUUGUUCCAGGCUCCUCACCAAAACCCGCGACCCCUUUAUGGGCUUUGUGGGGAGGCAGGGAGGGGCAGGGGAAAGAAAAGAGGGAAGGAGAGGGGGAAGCAGAUAGUAAAAUGGUACAAAGUGUUGUUUUUGGAAGGAAAUUCUUCCAGAUAUUUGCAGCAAACCUGCUAUUAUGUGCUAUUAUUAUCAUUGGAGUGAGACCAUUUUUUUGUGCACUCUUUGAAUGAAGUCCCCUGGUUUGUUUUCCUUUCAAGUGUCUUCAUUUGUCUUUGUUUGAGCUGGCAUGGAAUUUAGUGGUAGUUGAAAGUUGGAAAUGAGUUCUUGGACGUUUUUAAUAUAAAAAUAAACCCGUCUGCAGUUGCAGUAUGUAAACAAUGACAUGUGAAUCUGGGAGACAGGGUGAUAGGAUGCACCUGAAAAUAUGGUUCAGGGAUAUUGUUUAAAGGUGGGGUAGGAAGGAUCUGAGGAAGUGCCAGUUUUUGAGAGACAUCUUGAAUGUAAACUCUACCCCUCCCACCAGUUUUCCCCUCAGCUCCUUCUCUCCUCUCCCCCUCUGCUCCAGCAAGCUCCGCCCACAAACAGACACUCCUGCUCGCUCGUAUCGUUUUAAUUAAAUUCAGAUAUAAUGCAGAUAAACACUUAAGAUAAUUACAAAUGGGGCCCAGUCAACGUGAAAGUAAAAAGCACUGGUGCUACUGUAGAUGCCAACAGACUACCAGCAAACACAAUGUUUGCAGGACUUCUACAACUAGGAUAAAGUGACAUAGUCCAGGACCCGAAGUAAACAGUUUAACGGCGCUAAAGGUCCCGAAACACCUCUGUUACACUUGGCUUACUUUGUUAAAGCGGUUUACUUGUCCAGCAGAAAGGAUACAGGGUCCGUAAGAUGAGAUCCUGAAGUGUCCUCCAUUGUCUGUGUUGACGUUGACCCGGCUUCUUAGCUCUUGUCCGGUCUACCUCAGUUUUAAGCGCCUGUUAUUCUGCCAGAGUUUCCGGUAUUUACUUCGUUUUCUUGCUUGUGUUUUCUGAUUGGUUUCUACUGUCCAAUAUUGUAGCACGCUAACUUCGUUUGGGCUCGUGCACGUUAUUGGAGAACAUGGAGAGUGCCUCACAACAUGAGGGAGCCGCGUCCGCCUCACAACCAAUCAGGUUGGGGGAGGUGGAGAAUGUGUUUGUUUUGACUACACAGACAUAACAAAACACAGCGAUAUUGUUAUAUUACCAAAUGUCAUCAAUAACUAAUAGCUAUUGUCUGAUAUUAAAAGCUUUUUUGUAUAUAUUCACCAUAAAAAAAGAUGCUUCUUUAACAGAAUCCUGCCUACCUCACCUUUAACACUACUGGUAGAAAAAAUCUAGGGUAAUUUGUGCCUUUACUGCUGCGAGUGUUUGCUUAAGAAAAAAGAAGCUGUGUGUCAAUGAAUGUAACAUUAACUAAGUAUGAUAUUAUUCAGAUAAGCACCAGCUUCAUUGCUAUUGACCUCCAUUUUACAGUCCAUUUAGCCCCUAUGGAGAUGCUCUCAGAGACAAAUAAUCCCACUGGAAUCACACUCAAGGCAGCCAUGUACAUAAUGUCUGUAAAGUGUGCAUUACAAUUCAUCUGACAGCAUUGUUCUUCGCAGCAUUGUAAUCCCAUUUCCAGUUAGUGCCUCCUGCCCCACGCUCAUGCAUAAGUCAAUGUGUGUUUAACAUUCAAAUCAUGCAUUAAAUACGUGACGUGUCACACAGUAGGAGACAGUUGUUUUUAUUUCUGUUGCCGCGCCGCGUUCACUUUGAGUUAGCGUGCGGUUUUAUAUUCAUGUAUGCGCAUCAGAGCAAGGCCAAGGCUUCGCGUGUGUGAAUGAAAAGGGACAUUAACGAAGCUCUGCGGUCGCUGCUGUCUUUGCUGCACGUCAGAAGACAAACACAGCAGGGUCAGAAGGCUGGGUGGGGAUCUGGGAUCAUGCAAACCCUGUGUGUGUGUGUGCGAGUGUUAUAUGUGUGUGUGACUGAGUGGGUGGCUGGAUGGAGGAGUGAGUGUGAAUGACAGAUAAUUUUCUAAAUGGGCUUGUUGCAUGAGAAUCGCUCUGAUUCUGACAUUUGGUAAAGCGUACAUGCAUUUUAUUCUUAUGGUUGCUUAACUGUGAAAUUAAAGGGACAGUUAGGAUUUUCUGAAGUGGGACAUUUUAAUUAUCUUUGAUCGUGUGGUUAGUAAACUUCAUUCAUUGGGUGACAUUUAGAAGUUGUCGCAACCCCUGUUAAAGCUCCUAUGAGGAGUUUUCUUUCUUUGUGACUUUGGCGCUUUAUGAAACCGGCGGAUCAGGAAGGGGAUGCAUUAAGUCAUGUGCAGUGUUCCUGUACUCAUGAUGCUAGGUCUCAGCCCUCACUCUCAUGCCCUGGUUACGUUUCAGGACUUUUACCGUGCAUGAUUACUGUAUUUUCGGGCUAUAAGGCACACCGGAUUAUAAAGCGCACUAUGAAUUAACGCAUCUUUGUUCACACAUAAGGCACAACGGAUUGUAAGGCACAUUAAGUAAAACAACACAGUCGGGUAAAUCAAACUUUCUUUAACUCAGUUGUAACAACAAAUACCGGUACAGAAACAUACGCUCACUUAUUGAUCCAUUCCUCUUCCACAAAUCCACUGAAAUCUUCAUCUUCAGUGUCUGAGUUAAACAGCUGUGCGAUUUCGGCAUCAAGCAUGCCCGGAUCCCUCUCGUCAUUAUCCAAGUUAGUCUCAUUGCUGUUAUCGGUGCUUGGCUGUUCAUCGAUGAUUCCAGCUUUCAUGAAAGCUCAGCCGACAGUCACUGUAAUGCUCCAAAUAUCCAUUGAGCGGAGCAGCUUUGUUGCUUACCGAAAUUGUUCUUACACAUUUCGGCAGAUUCUUGAGCGCAUUGUACCGCAUAAAAUCGGUCAGUAAGCACAACAAGUAAUCAUACAUAAGGCGCGCUGGAUUAUAAGGCGCACUCUCAAUUUUUGAGAUCAUUUAACAAUUUUAAGUGCGCCUUAUUAUCCGAAAAAUACAGUAGGCUUCCUUCUCUGGUUGUUUUUCUAGUUUGUUUGCAUGAGUGACGUUUUUUUUUUCUGGAACCUUGAAGGACAACAAGAUCAAUAAGAUGCAGUGUCUCUUUAUGUAAGUAAAUAGUUUACAAGUGCCCCCCUCAGCGUAAACUGUGCAGGCUUCACAUUACUGCUGUUGUUGUUUUUCCCCAAGGAGACAUGAUUACAAUAACCUCUGUAAGUGCAGCAACAUGCAGUUAUCUGUCCUGAGUUGCUUGUUAAACCUGAACCCUGCUCCCCUGUCUCCCCUCAAACACACUCAGGUGAUGCAAUGGCGGAGCUAGCAUUGACAGACUAGCAUCUCAUGCUUGUGUUAAGCAGCUGCGAGUGCUUAAAGAAACAGUAAAAGCUUGUUGUAGGUUGCCAUGAUUCAGGUUGAUAAAAAGCUAUCGUUUUGGAUGUUCUGAAUUGAUCAUGGACCAAUUGUGAUAAGUUCUGAUACUGUCGAUAAUGCCAAAGUGCUUACUUACCUGUGAAGUAUGGUUUUAGCUUAUUUGAAAUGACAUGGAAAAGGACUGUAUGACUGUUUGUGUCUGCUUUAAACCAGAGCCAACUACUGGAAGGACCUUGGUAUAUGCUUUUUACGAUUCAUGUUGUGAUACUUAAAAUUUGUUCUUUACUGCACUUGCUCGCUUAACUUCCCUCUAACUUUACUUUGCUCGUGGCAGCUUUAGGCUCAAAUAGCUCUUCUACAUGCUGAACAGCCACAUCUCUAAGCACAGAGGUCAUAAUUACAGAAAUUUAAGGUACAGCAAAGAACAUUUUCAAAGUCAGUUUUGCGAGGGGCAAGAAAAUUGAUGCACUGUUGUGAAAUGAAUGUUGCAUCAUUAUGCUGUAUCUACAUUUUUGCACAGACCUACUGCAGAUUGGCACAAGCAGCUGUGACCCAGUUCAGACUGCUCUGAGAUGCAGGCAUUAAAUCUCCAAUGAAUCACAUGUAUAUUUUUCAUAAAAUACUAAACUUUUUGAGUUGUUUACUGUUUUAUGAAAAAUACACAACUUUUUAAAUUGUUGUCUUUGCACUAUUUCCAAUGAAACACCAUCUUAAACAGCUUUCUAACUUCCUGGUAUUGGGCUUGUGUAGUAGGAGGAAAAGGUGGAGAAGCCAUGCCAAUCUUUAAAUGCAGUGAAUAAGUCCUACAUUCAGAUUCACGCAGUUGUUUAAGUUUACACUGUUAUCUUUGUAUAUGAUUUGACCCCUUCACUUUGAAGAUCGAGAGCUUUUCGCUUUAGUUCUUGGUAAGUGCCCCAGACACGGCACUUCAGAAAACUGUAACAACUCCUUUAUGGUGAAUAGAAGGUGCUUUCAGAGAAAAGCAGACGUCUGUAGCGAUGGCAAGCCUCUUUAGUGACUGAUAAACUACUGAUCUAACAGAUGUAAUCAUAUCUGUCUUGUUAUUUAAUGCAGUUUUCUUGAACGCUGAGAGAAAUGCGGGUCUUGUCGAAGUCCACUGUACCACACUACAUCAGGAGAGUCUUCUGAAAUCAGUUAGGAGCUAAAAUUAAUAGAUAAUUGCAUCAAGAUUUCUCAAUAUUUCCCUCAUUUUGAUGUUUCCACUAGUCAAGUCUUAUUCAGUGUAAGGUCUUUAUAAGCCUCUGCUGGGGUGGUAUUAUAUUUGUUCCAAAAUCCCCGGCUUAAUUCCAUAAAUCCCUCUGUUACAGUGAAACUGACGUUGUGUGCACAGUCUGGCAAGUAUGGCAAAUGGAGGGGCAUUAGAAUUUGAAAGUCAAACAUUGUUUAGUUGGAGACAAACAGAACUCUGCGAUUUACUUUCCUGUCAGGAUUAGAGCGGCAAACCCUGAGUACACACCUCUGCCCCCGUCUCUGUGUUUGAAGUUGACUUUAUGGGGAUGAGUGAUCUGCUGCAGCGAGAGCCAGAGUCUCUUGAGAGCUGGGCUAGAAGUAGUAAUGAGAGCAGUGGAUGAGGAUGGGGAAAGAAGCCAGAGGAUCACAUAUACUCUGUAGGGCCAUUGCUCUCGACAGGGAUAUGUGUGUGUUUGGGGUGUGUGUAUUAGCUCUGAACAUUUUCUUCUAAUUCCAGACAUCCCUCAAGUCCCAGAAAGAGACUGAUAACUUUGCAAGGACACUUGUGGACGAGCUUAAGAAUUAGAAAUGAAAUGUGUGAUUUUCAGAUUUUGGAAUAGGAAAAUAGUUUAUAACAGCUGAACUGUGUGCCCUCAGGUGAUGAAUGACGCCCACCCCUGUAAGCCUAGAAACACAUUUUUACAGAAAACUCUAAAACACAGUCAAAAGAGGCUUUAUAAUUAGUAUUUUUUUGGCCAGCAGCUUUGAUUCAAUAAAUCAUCUAUAUAGUCUGCUUUUACCUCCAUCCUUCCCAUUUUAAUUUCAGUUUUGCAUAAAGCUGACUAAUGUUCCUCUGACCUUACUAAAAGCGAAAAAAGUCCCCAGUCAUCUGCAGAAUUGGUUUUUUGGAACCACCGUCAUCAGCUUUUUUCCCGUCAUCUUGUGAAAACAGCCGAGCACUGUGCUCCCUCUCUGAUCUUACCCUACUCUUAUUACACAACUGUGAUUAAACAAGAUAUUAGCGCAGACGGUGACAGACAUCCCUGCGCAUUUUCAACAGGCCCUUUGUGUGACAUUCAGAACCUUUAAUAUGGUAAUUUUAACGAGGAUUUCCUCUCAGCCUUAAAAUAUGUAUUGCUCCCCCUCCUCAUGUUUGGCUUUGAGAGUAGAUUUUGGACACUUCCUCACCUUACACCUGUUUUCAUGCAUUAAUUAGCAGGGAGGGAGUCAGGUUUCAGUGACAUGAUAUGAGAUAUGCAGGUAGCCAGGUAGUUAGAUUCACCCUUGGAGCCAUCUAUUGAACAUCACCAUGGUUGAACAAAUUGAUUAAUGGUGUUGACAUCAUUUUGGGACUUAUGGUUCGAGUAAAACACUACUAAUACUAAAAUAAUACUCAUAAUGAAUAUAGAUAUGCCAUCUAUUGGUUCCCGGAGAGAUGUUGUGAUGUCAGAUUGUGGUCAACAUAUUGGAAAUACUCCAUCAAGAUUACAGUUAAUCUAGAAACAUGCUAAGAGGGGGAGUGGAGUCCAUAGCCUGCUGUCUGAAAAACAGCUCGAAGUGACUCAGCUGUCAGGGAAAUCAGUCACGCCCCUAUUCAUGCGAAACUCUUAGCUUUAGUACAUUCAUUACAGAUGAAUCAUAAGCCCCCCUGUAUAGUUGUAUCAUAUAAGGAAAUGGUGAUGUAAAUGGGCCAAAACCAUGUUUAGACCAGGCUGUCAACACAUUGAUGUCAGCUUUGACUGGGUUCUGUUGGCUCUUGGAGCUAGCCUCAAAUAGAUACUCAGGAAACUGCACUUCUGCACAUCUGUAUUGGUUUCAUUUUCAACACUUGUGGUCUGCUUGAGAGUCAUUCAAUGAAAAGUUUUCAGAGGUGGCUCAGGUUGGAUUCUAGCCUGCUGCCUUUUCCCCACAUAUGACACCUCACUCUCUCUUCAUGGUGUGUUGCUUUAUCCACAGUCCCAGCCUCUAAUUAAAGGUAUGAAGGUCUAAUAAAAAUAUUUUUAAAAAAUUCAUGCAACGCAGUCUGUUGGCAAUAAAAGUGUAAAAUUGCACAGCUGAUUCAUAGAAGCGUGUGCCCUCCAUGGGCUGUGAAGUUAUAGUUGUCAGUAGAAGUCUAGAUAAGCUGAGAACCAGUAGAUGAAGCAGUAUUUGCUGCACUUGGUGAAUGAGGCAAAAUUUAAAAAAGACACUUUACUGGGCUGGAGAAGAGAGAAAAGAAAAUAACAUAUUAACAUGUAUUUUUCAAAGAGCAAAGAAAAUAAGAUCAUGAAGUUUUAUUUGAUAUUUUUUCCAGCAGAUAUUUUGACUAAUAGUAUCACACCCUACUGACAUACACUCCCUACGUGCACUCACACUAGCUGUGAUAUACACUAAUCCAAUACGGGAGGUAUAUUUGAAUUGAUGGCAGUAAACAGGGUCAGCAGGUGAAGGGCAUAGUGAAUAAUCAUAGUAUGAAUAUCAAAUCCACAAAAUAAUUAAAUGGGCAUUAGCCAGUCUGGCGAAGGCCUUGUAAUAUGACAAGUUGAGAGAAUCUUUCAUUGCUCGUAUUGUAGUGUUUGCAUACCGGAGUAAAGACAACAAUACAUUUAUUAAAAAAAAAAUACUGACCAUACAACAUUUCUCACCCUUUAUCACCAGAAUAAUCAAUAGAAUAAUUGUUCUGAAUAGCCCUAAUCUUAAUAAAGAUCAUAAAACAUGCAAAUGUGAUGGUGAGGAGUCAUCCAGCAAUAUCUUCAACUUUUUUUCAAAUGUAAAGAAGUGGAAUUAGCUCUUGUGUUUUCUCAACAAGCGUUUUUUAAGGCAAAGGUUGUAGGUGGUUUUGGAUUGCAAACACGGAUGCACACACCACACUCCCCUUGUGUUUUACUUUUCUUAGCAAAGGGGCAAAUCCAGAUUACAGAGCUUGUGUAAGAGGAGGGGAUCACAGGAGCUUUAGGAAAAGGGGGGGAAGGUGUUGUAAUUUACUGACAGUAAGAUGUAGAAAAUUUCAAUUUUCUGUAAGGAUGUAAAUGCACAAAUGAAAACUGUCUUGAGAUUGAGUGAUGUAUUUUACACUGUGGCUUUUCAUUCCGCAGGACAGACAGUAACAAUAAAAUUCAGUGGAUUAUUACUUGAGAUGACAACCAUUGGAGGGGUUAAUAGGACAAACAUUGCAGGUGGAUUUCAUUAUGCACUCUGAAAUCUCCACGCAAUCCAUGUCUUGCAAUAUUCAGAGUCCUCUAGUCCACACAGAGACAGCCGGUCUCAGUGAUCACAAAUUUAGGAGAGUAGUGCAGUGACAACAAGAAUACCGAGGCAUCAAGGACAUUUCAGUAUGAGUUGGGCAGCAGUUGUUUGGUGGCUCUGCUGCAGGCAUGGGGCCUGGAGGAUUAGUGUCCAAUCAGAGUGGAUUUGAUGUUUACUGACAGCACAUGGGACUUAGCAGAGAGAACUGUAUUUCAUUUGUAUUCAAUGGAGCAGUGUGCCCGACCUCCCCUCCCCGCGCUGUGAAUCUGGCAAACUGUAAAACUGAAACCUGUUGACGACAGUACAUCACCAGCAGCUCCAGGUAGGUGACUUUUCAUGCAAGGGUAAAGGGUUUGUGGGAGGACUCUUUUCGUAGGCAUCAUCAUCAUCACCAUAAUCAUCAUCAUCAACAUCAUCAUCUCCAGAUCCGCUUGAAUCUGGUUCACAUGACGUCACAGUGGGAAGUGGAAUUAAACAGGCUUUAUUUGGAUGUAAUCCUUCAUAGCAAUCGGCAGAGCGAGUAAAACGUCCCAGAGAAGGAGGGAGAUAAACCCUGCUGGAUUAGUACAAGCCCCAGCCCAUCCCAACCUAUAACCCAACCUAUCCCCCUCUUCCGUUUUUUUUAUCUUUUUUUUUUUUCAUGUUCGGUGGCCAACUCAAGCAUGCACCCUGUUACUAUGUCUCUCAUGGAGUAGCUGUGCGUUCUCUGCGGUAUCCAGUGUUUGUGUGGUUUGGUGUGAUGUGUUUGUGUGUGGUGUCCUUUUACCUCACACACAACAAGCCAGCAUGACCAGAGAUUAAUUAUUCAAGGACCACAGCCAAAGGAGGAGUCACCCGAUAGUACGGACUUACAAUAUUACAACCUGAUAUCAGGUGAAACGGUAGACCCUGCUUCAUCUUCUUUUCUGCCUGUUCUCCUCCUCUCUCUCUCACCUUCGCAGCUAGAAAACUUGAAAGCAAACUUAAUAAGACCUUUAAACAGAGGAUCUCUUUUUGGUUUGUGCUUUUUUAUUCUUCUCUUAACGCUUUCUUUGGCUUUUUGCUUUUUUGCCAAUGCUCGUCCCCAACAAACAGUUGAGUCUCGGUCGCUCCCACAGUUGGGACACAUUAGGGGGGAAUGAAGGUCAGUGGGACAGGGCUGAGAGUGUCUACGAGCAGCAGGCAAGAGUAGCUGGCCGACGGAGCUCUCUGUCAUACGGAGAGGGAGGAGGGUGGUACGAGCCUCCACCAGGAGUACAGCACCCUGAACUGGAUUUAAAACGUGACCCAUAUUCCUAUCAAGACUCUCUUUACGGACAGGUUUACGCAGAGCGGCACGACCCACGGGCGCUGAGAAAGAGCUCUGUCCCUGAUCUAAACCACUACGAACGUGCAUCCAUGGCUCACCGAGGAUCCAUUCCUCAUCCGGACUACUACACCCAUGACCAAGCCAUGACUCCUCGUGCACCCGAGGGAUUUUACCGGCAAGAGCAGCAGCCCUCACCGUCUCAUCCUCAUCCACUGAGCAGGUCGGGUUCUCGUUUUGGGAUGACACCGGGGGCUCGUGCUGUGUGGGAUCAAGGUCAAGGAGGGAGAGCUGGACCUCAAGGUCCCUCAUCACCUCUACCUGCUCCACCUCCUCCGGCUCAUGAACUGAGUCGGGCUUACAGGGAACCUGGUGCUGUAGCUGCUGCCAAAAUGACUCCAGAUGGUCAACAGCGGAUUCCCUCCCGAGAUCCGUCUCCUGCUCAUUACAGUGUGGAACAUGCAUCUCCCCGGUAUGCUGCUGAGCCUCCACCUCUGACUGGUCAGUCUGUCUAUACUGAUGUCAAUGGUCGCCCAGUGGAUCCUCAACAACAGGCUGCUACCUGUCUGGUAGUAGAUCCUGCCAGUCAAGGUAUAAUAAUGAGGCAAGAGACGGCCUCACCCUACACUGUGCAACAGCAGCAACAGUUACAGCAACAACAACAAAUACAGCAGCAACAAUUACAACAGCAGCAGCUGCAGCAGCAACAAUUGCAACAGCAGCAACUUCAGCAGCAGCAAUUGCAACAGCAGCAGCAGAUGCAGCAACAGCAAAUACAACAGCAGCAGCUUCAGCAGCAGUUGCAGCAGCAACAGCUUCAGCAGCAGCAAAUCCAGCAGCAACAGAUACAACAACAGCAACUACAGCAACACCAGAUGCAGCAAGAUCAGUUGCAACAACAAUUGCAAAUGCAACAACCUCCACCAGUUCUGCCAGUCGCUGAUCCUAACCUGGCAGUGGCAGCUCCGCUUCCUGCACCACCUGCUCCAGUGCAGACCACAGCAAUUGUCGCAGCUGCUCCUGUACCAGUGCAGGCCCCAACUUCCCUCCCUCCUCCCCCAGUUACACCACUUCCUGCUGCUCUUCCUGCUCCUCCCCCAACAGCCCCACAGACACCAUUGCCUAUAGACCCCAAGAAGACAGUUGAUCCUGAGUUUCUUGCUUUGCUGCGAAAUGAGGGCCUCUCUGAGAGCACCAUCUCCUCAGUUAUCCAGCAGGGUUUUGACUCCACUAGCAUGCUGGCUGUAAUGGAAGAAAAUGAUGUUCGCACCGUUGCCCCAAAUCUUGGCCAAGCUCGUGUGCUGUCUCGCUUGGUCCAUAACUGCAAACGGCCUGUUGAAGCUACGCCAGCCCCAUCCCAACCUCAAACACCCAUGCGAGGCCGCUCUAAUAGCUUUAGCCAUCGUUCAGAUGUCUACCAUCAGCAGCAGCCAUCACACCAUCCAACACACCCUCCACAGGCUUUGACCGUGGACCCCCAAAUGAUGCACCCACAGACCCCUGGGGCCAUGCAGACCAUCUCCCCAAGAAUGGGGGAGGCAAUGGGUAGACGGCCAAGCAGUGCUCCUUCACAGCACCUCCUGGAAGCCACUGGAGCAUACCCAGGCCAACCACCUCGCUCCCCAGGGCCAUAUGCUGGAGCCAUUGUGCCUGUUCAACAAAGACCCAUGUCUGCCUACUCAUCUGGAAUGGCAAUGCCAGGGAUGCCCAUGCAGGGUAUGCAGAUAAUGCCACAGCAGAUGACUGGGUCAAUGCCUGCCAUACCAGGGUCCAUGCACCCCAUGCCAGGUAUGCCACAGCAGAUGCCUGUGUCCAUGCCAGCGUUGCAACAGCCACCCCAACAGGUACCGAAAGCUUACUCUACCAACUACACAGUGCCCAUGGAGCUGAUGAAGAGGGACAGGAAUUUACUGCCGUUGUCACCCAUGCACAGCCCUCACCCGAGUCCUCAGCUGAUACGUAAGAGUGGGGGACCUGCACCUGACAACACCCUUGUCCCUAUAGGACCACCUGGCCCCAGUCAAAGCGCCCUGGUUGCAAACCAGAAGCUGAGCCGACGCACAGGUCCGCCUGUCAUUGUGUCCACUAUGGCAUCUCCAGAUACAAGUAAAUCAUUUUUAUUCUCCUCAUAUUCUCAUGAUCUGUUUUUGUCAGAUUUCUUGAUACGUUUGCUCUUCCUUUUUCUUGGCUGUCUUACAUGUUUUUUAAAAGAUAACAGAGAGGAUUUGGGCUGCUGCAUUUUUGGCAUUCUUGUUGAAAGACACCAUUUUUUUUCUCUGCUUUCAUUUAGUUGACAAGCUCCACAAAGCAGUGCUGCUUAGUUUUGUGGAAUCACAUCACCUCUUCACAAUUUGCGUGACAUUUCUUUAUUGGAAACAACUUCAGUUAAAAUGGUUGCAGUCCUGUCUUUAAAAAAACAACACAAAUAGAUUGGCCUUUUAUUAUGAUGGAUGAUUUGUAUUUGCAGAGCGUCUGUGUCAAGAUAAAAGUGUUUUGUCACUGUGGUCAGUAAAAAAAUCAUUCAGCAGAGUGGUAUGUGUGAUAUAUAUGUGGCUGUAUGUUGUCACUGAUGUUUGAUGCAACAUGCAGAACCUCAAGAAGGUCGAUAAUGAUAAAGUUUUACUUUAAAUUGUCUUACCUUCCUGGUCAGAGCUGCUAUUGUGUUUGCUAUUCUGUGGUUGUUCUGAUUACAUCAACAAUAGAUAAAUGAUGCCUAUUCUCUUCUUAUCUAGGCCAGUGGAACGAAACCCAAAUGCUGCAGCCGAUUGCUUUUUCAGAUCUGUAUUAGGGAUUAGAUUAAACCAGUAAAAGAAUAACUUUCCAAACCUGUCCUACUUUUGGAUUCUGCUUUUGAUCCUUAAAUUAUACUUGUAUCCAUUCCUUGUCUGCUUAUGAGAGCCAGAUUCAUAAGAAUCCCAAACACUUGGUGUGAAGUCUUUUAUUAUUUUAGUAAUAUCACAUGCUUUCUCUUGUCAGAAUGACACAUUACCCCAUUAAACACAGCACAAAACGUCAUUGAAGAGGUGCAGUAUUGAGGCUUUGGGGGGAACAGCUGUCUGCACCGUUUCCUAAAACCCUUUAUAGUUUAACAACUUGACACGGUCUUCCUGUAUCAGUUUAUCAGUCGUAGGAUUCUUGUUUGAACAGUUCACAUUAAGACUGAUGUGACCAAAAAAAGCCUGACAUUGUGUGCAGUACUGCUUGGAACAUGAGGUGCCCAGGCGUGAAUGUGUAUUGCAGUGCUUUGAAUCUGUGCACAAUAUGCAUGAUUGCCCUUGCAAGUAGUUUUUUCCCCCAUCAAGCUGUUAUUGGCUGUUUGUUACAUCUUUUAGUAAAUGAUGGGAGCCAAGCCUAAGGUGUUUGCCACUUUUCUAAAUCAUAAUCUGCUCCAGCUAUAAAGCAUUCAUAAAUGUGCGUAAUGGUGAUUGCAGCAUUGUACGUAGCUCUUUCUUCUUUUGUCACUGUUAGCGCAGCUGCUUUUAAUGAAGUCCUCUCUGUUUUGCCACGCACCAUCUCCCCUCAGCCCCUCAGCCCCUGUUGUUGUAAACAUGGAUGUCUUAUUGCAUUAUGAUAAUAAGGGUGCAUCAGAGUUGCCGGGAAAGGCCUCACAGCAACUCAGGCUGCAUGUGAUACAGCAAGGUGGACCGCUGACCUGCAUUAAAUAGCAAUGAGAGGAGUGUAGUUGUCCUUUGAACAGGUUUUCUCACCAGGUUAGGAUACAUUUAAGGUGGUGUAUGAAUGAUUUAAGGAUAUUGAUUUGAUGAAUGUUGAAUGUCCGAGUUUGUAAACUGAAUGUGAUGAAUUUUGAUUUGUGUCCUAGAGUCAUACUUAUGUUCCUCAUCAAAAUGAAAUGGAUUCAGUCAGUGUAGCUUGUUGUAUAAUCACGUAAAUCAAUGAGGAAUGUAAGACUCCAGUUUAGUUCAGCGUAAUUAAAGCUGCCACAUAACAUUACUUACUUUCUUUUGAAACCUUGACCUGAGUCUCAGAAACAAAGUUACCUGCUCACCGCAGACUGACUAGCAGAAUCACUGGACAGAUAAAAUGGAAUUAUAGUGCUGAUGGCUGACGUGUGAUUGUGUCAUUUUCUCUGUGCAGGUUGUAAUGGGGAAGGGGGGGUUGAUAAUCCAUCAGAUCCUCCGUUUCCACUUAUGCACUAAUCCACAGUUAUUCUCAUUCUGUCCAGACCAGCCUCCAUGCUUUCUGCAAGCCUCUAAAACUACCAGUAGGUCGAAAUAGACUUCAAUGGCAGUGUCGCAGACUGAAAACAAAUGAGCUUGGGAGGCAUUUUUGUUGUCUCUAUAAUUUUUAGACCCAAGAGAGCAGACAGUAAAAGAUCCCCAUUGCUUGGCUGUCAAAACACACUGCUGCUCUAAGCGAACAUACACACACACUCACACAAAAGCUUUGGAAAAGAUUUGCCACAUACACAAGCAUCACAAUGUUGGUACAUACACACAGUCAGCAGAGUAGACCUUAUUUGCAUGAGGCUGACAUUUGUUGCUUAGGUAAUUUCAUCUGUUAAUGGACACAGGCGCAAAGCUGCUCUGAAAGCAUAUUCCUAAAUUGUAUGUUGCUAGGCAACGUGGGUUUUGGUAAUGGUAGGCAGAUUUGCUUGUGGUUAAAGGGUCAGCCCAUUGUCAGAAAACACAGCAAAUUAACAUGCUCGCUCUUUUUAACAAAUGCUCGGCUAAUCUAAUACAUCUGGAAGACAGUAUUACAUAUCCUUUCACUUACAUCAAUGUGCAGUUAAUAAAGUCAGGUGGCCUUUAUUCAAGAAGAGAUUUGGGCAUGUUACCCCAAAUUUCACAUUGAUGUUUUGUCAGAUAGACAAAUAAUAUUGUCACAGCAGCAAAUCCUUUAAAUCCAAUUACUUUUGAGCUUAGAAAUUGUCUGACAACCCUGGAGAAUUCAUUAGCUACAUCUGUGAGUAAAUUUAGUUUCUAGCGCAACAUAGUAUUUGAUUUUUCAUGGAAUACCCUUGAGCAAGACCCCGCCUUUACAUGACUAACUAGGACUCACUUCCCAUCCCCCACACCGGCAUAGUCACCCUGGAUGGUAUUGCCAGAUCUCCACUAUUUUACCUCCACCCCGCAGAGAAGGCUCUAAGCUUCCAUUCGUGGACUCUUGCCAGGCGACGUGAUGCCAGCUAAGGUCAGUUUUUACCCUGCGUGACACACUAGCCGCAAUUUCCUUUCCAGCUAUAAGUCUGGCGUGAUGAUGGGGGUGGGUUAUGCCAUAUUAGUUCUGGAGAUAGCAGAUUAUGUAUUAACGGGCCCAGGUCAAAGCUACAGGCAGUUGUUACAUUGAGUGAAGGAUUAAGGAGGAGAGAGAGAAAGAGAGAGGGGGGUGGGGGGAAACAUAGUCCUACUACUGAUGGAUGAUGAUUGCUGCUUUCUAUGGGGGGGAGGGGAAACGUGGUGUUUGCAGCUGUCAGUCAACCUUGGACUGUCCAUGGACGUGACACAAGCAGCGGGUGUUGCAUCCUAGACUUUGACGGUCAAACUUUGGCCGCAAUCUGGGAUGUCUGCUGAAAAUUGCCCUUUGUUGUGCCAGUUGUCACACACACAGAGGUACAUAUAUCAUUUCCCUCUGACCUGAAAGGAUCUACAUUGUGCCACGACCCAGAGUUAUCCAGCCAUAGGAUUAAAUUAUGAUGUUAUCAGAGCAACAAGCAAUAAACAUGAACAUAAAAUGAACUGUGCCUUUGGAUGUUUUAAGCCUCUGAUGUUUCAAGCUGUAAAACACCUUUCUGGAAGCUAAAUUAAUUUCGUGCAUGAGAGUAAUGAUCGCCUAGUAUUUGGAGGACUUUCAAGGCCUGGAUGAAUAUGAAACUCUCUUUGUUAAAUCCCCUGUGCAAAAUAUGAGCAACUAUGUUGGAAAUAGUUAGAGGCGGUAAAAAUAACUUUCUGUCUCUGAGUCUAAGAAUUACAGCUUCAAGAGGCCUGACAAUGUUCUGAGCAGUUUUAAUCAACUGAAAUCCUUAAGCAAUGUCAAAUGAAUUUAAGAACUGUAGUACGGGUUUGUGCACAGGAACAAUAAUACACCAUUUGUUUUAAUUUUCCUCAACUCUGAUAGGUGCAUUUGUCCCAUUUAUUUACCCUGUACUUGGUGUGGUUUGGCAGUGAAUCUUGGAAAUGUAGAUGAAACUUCCAAAGCCAGCUCAUCUGAACACACCACAAAUAAAUGCUUCUUGUGUGUGUGUGUGUGUGUGUGUGUGUGUGUGUGUGUGUGUGCGCACGUUAGGGCUGUACAUUAUACCAGUGUUCCACUGCAAUUGCGAUGUAUGCAUGCAAAAAAGUCAGGAUAGACAGGAUGUCCGAUGUCCAGUUACUUCGGAAGUCAGAUGUCAGAGCUGGGAAUGACUUUACACCCAAGUUGACGCCAUUUCAGUAAACAAGUUAGAAAACCAAGAUGGACGCCUACUGUUAGCCAUUGUUAACUGUUGAUAACAAUUGUCAGCUGUCGUUAGCUAUUGUCAGUUGUUGUUAGUUGUUGUUAGCUCUACCAGUUGUAAACAACGCAUAACACAGUAUUUUACUCUUACAAACACCAUAGCACCGUGUUCACAGUUAGACGUUGGGCAGUACAACAUAUACCACUUAUUUUAUUUUACAAAAACAUAUACAGGAGUGCUAAUAAAUAAAACAUUACGUGAGCUUUCACUGUUACUGUUUAGUGUCGAUGCACAUGCCAACUUGGAUUGUGACGUUGUCGUCAAGUCGGGGUUGGUGUGGGUUGUCCGACUUUCUGAGUUGAAAAAUCCGACUUCAGGGGGGCAUUCCAGAUGAAUUUUCGACUCGGAGCUCGGAAAUUCCGACUUCCAAGUGCAACUUGAAUGCAGCAUAUGAUCUGAAACACAUUGUCACCAGUUUUUUGUUUCCCUAAACAGUCUACAGAAAGUCCGCCUGAUAUCCCUUGAUUGCAGGCCCUCACUUGACUGCUGAACAUGCAGUGUAUGUAUCUGUGUGUCACAUGACUGCAAAAAUUAAUAUACAUACAGUGCUGUUACAGGUACAGUCGCAGUCAGACCAGCAAGACCGAUUUCUAGUGUUGUUACAGUGCCGGCUCGCUCAGGUGCUUGUUGACGUUGAGGGCACACAGACAGACUGGGAAUAAGACCAUGGUGUGUAUACUUGAAACAAGUGCACUUGUAGCGCACGUAUAGUGUAGAUGUACAGUACAUAUCCAAAAGGAAAUAUUGCAAUAUGUUUUUUACCCAACAUUGUGCAGCCCUAAUGCAUGUGCAAUCUUCUGUUGGCACAUGUGGUGGCUAUUGGGUCCCAGUGCAAGAGGAAGAUGAUUAUGACGAGUAAAUAACAGGUCUGGUCUCUUGUUUUCUUCUCAUCUUGUUUUAUUUUUCCAUGCGUAAAUUGAUAACAGUCCCUCUGUCUCUCUUUGUUGAAACUUCUUGGUAGGAAAUGGUUUGACUUUGACACUCUCCUAACUCAAGAGAGUUGGAGUGGGGGGAAAAAGAAAUCGGAGGUAAUGGGAGAAAUAUGUUUUUAAACAAACGUCAUACUUAGCUCAGCACAUUCAUUCAUGACUGUGGUUGUGGCUUACAGGGCCUGUCUGCAGGAAAAAGAAGGGAAUGAGGAAAGACGGGAGGUGAUAGGACUCAACCAAAGACAACAGAAAGAGAAGAUUUAACAAGAGAUACCAAGGAACAGCGUUUAAAGCACGCAGAGCUUUUUUGAAAGUAGAUUGACUGCGGUGGAAGCAGUUAUUAAGACUUGGAAAUGAAUUCAGUGGGAAAACAGGAGAUUACAUGAUGUUACACUAUCAUGGGAUGAUUGUAAUUACAUGCUCUAGUACUAAGAAAUAAGGAAAACAUUUAAAUUUACUUCAAUUCUACUAGGAAACUAUAAGAAGUCUUCAUGUGCUUUUUUGGAGCUUGUGUUCAUAGUUUUGUGAGCACAGGAAAUGGCAGACACAGUUUAGGACGUGGAUUCAGAGCUAUAGGGUUGUUGAGUCAGCAUUGGUCAUCAGCUUGUAUUACCGCCAGAAUACCUUGUUUUUUCAGCUAUGGUGGUGAUAUAUUCAUGGAUGUACUUUUCCUGAGUUGAGGUGUCCACUGAGUAAAAUACCGCACAGGUGUCAUCAAAUGGAAAAACUGGACCUCGGAGUGUGAGGUCUGACCGUGCCGGCAGAAAGCUCUUUGUGGUCAGUUUGCUGCAUCCUUUCAGACAUGACUUGAAGUGAUUUACUGCUGCCGGUGAGAGCAGAGAGGCAAGGGAAGGACAUACACAAGAGGUCACUCACUCAGAUAUUUACAGCUCAAAAAAAUACAGAGGAUAAAUUGAGAAGCUGAAAAACUCAGACUCAGACUCAGACUCAAAAAAGUCCUGCACUCCUUACAUUUCUCUCACCUUUCCCUUUUACCCACUUUUUCAUUUUAAACUUCUUUUUUUGUCUAUUUCUUCUGCCUUUUUGCCCCCCAUCAUUAAAUUGUCAUCCAUCCCUCUUCACCUUCCUUAUUUCCUUUUUAAUUUUCCUCAUCUCCUCCUCCUGUUUUCUUCUCUUAUUUAUCUUCCUCAUGUUUCAUUCUUCUCCUUUAGUCCCUUUUUCCUUUGUUCCUUUGUCUCUUUGUCUUAUCAUUUUCCUUUCCUGAUUUCAGUCCCUUUAUUUUCUUUUCUUUUAUUCCUCCAACUCGUUCCCUAUCCCCUUUGUUUUUUUACCUCUUCUCUUCAUUCUGUCUUACUCAUCCCUUGUUUUUUCUCUUUUAUUUUUACUUUUAUUUUGAUUUCUUUCCCUGUUCCAUCCUUUUCUUUUAUUCCCUUCCUUUCCUAAUCUUUUUCCUUCUCCUCUUUUCUCCCCCUGAUCUUGCUUUUUCUUUUUCUUUCUCUCUACCUUCCUUUCCUCCAACCAGGGAUUCACUCUGAAUUAUUCAUUUUGUGAAAAUGAAAUCUUCAAGAGCGUUAACCCAAAAUAAAGAAGAGGUAGGGCUGACCAUGUUCAGUAUGUCUGUGUGGAAGAGUGGGUAUGUGUGUGUGUUUGUAUGUUGUUGACCAGGCGUCGCAGACCUCAACACUUGGCCAGGCCGUCUUAACAAUGGGGGUGGAGAUAUGUUUAGAGGUGCAGAUGAAUCUCAUUUGCACUUGAGGAAAAUAUUAUACAUUUCUCAGCGGGCAUGUAGCGUGUGUUGAUGGAGGCUCACACACAAUGCUGUAAAUUGGAUUGUAUUUCACAGUGUUUGACAGUGUUUUUAGUGUCACAAAGGAAAGACCAUUUUUAUGUAUGUUGGUCUUCAUGAGUGUGAUUCUAGAUAUAUAUUUGUUUUUGAGACUCACAUUUCUGAACUGACAGAGCUUCAAGAAGCCCCACUCCUGACUGUGUGUGUGAGUGUGUUCACUGUAUAUUUGUUCAUAUCAGGAGAAAGGAAGAGUGAUUGUAAUAAGACAUUGUAUAAGUAUUGUUUUUUUUUCUUUAUGUAUUUAUAAGGGAUGCUUCUAAGUAACUGAUUCCAUUGUCACUGACUAAAUAAAAUGGAAAAAAAGUUAAAAAUUAGCUUUUUAUCAGAAUAAUUGGAUUACAGAGUCAAAUAGGUUUGCAGAGUAUGUCUUAAAUUAGAUUGCACCAUCAGCCUUUGGAUAACAUCCACAUGACUAUGCUAGUUAAAUUGUUUUGAUGAAGUGGUCAUGUGCCAGUUUGACAAAACACAGUCUACGUAAAACUUUAUCUUUAUUUUGCAGAUCCAAAUACUGCCGAACUUUGCUGAAGUAGCAUCAUGUGUCUAGUUCUGUCUUGUGUUCUGUCGCAGGGCUGCAUUAGAGUUUAGACAAAACUUAUAACCUGCAUUAUGGGCCGUUGAUAAUAAAAAGUCUUGUAUUUGUCAUUUGGAUGAUUAUUUCUUUCAGCCUUGUAUUUCACAGAUGAAAUAAACGAAUUAGGAAUGAGUCACGAAUAAUCAGCAUGUGGAUCGGCCCUGAAAAAAAUGGUCUAGCCCUAAUAAAAACGUUGACAUGUCUAACUGACUAGUAUUUCUGGUGGCCACACAUGAAGGCUGGGAUGUUACAUUAUUUAGUUGACUAAAUGUGUUUGUUCAGUGUUUUAUUCUUUAUUUAUUUGAGACAGACCACUGCCUGUAGUAUAAAGAUCAAGUCUCCUCUUUGAUAGGUGAAUUCCAGCUGGAAAGUCCCGUCUUUGUAUUUAAUUAGAAAAACAACAACACACAUGUGAAGUAUUUUAAUAUUUAAUACCUGUAAUGUUAAUCUUAUUCUAGUUUUCUAUUUUUUUUUCCAAAUGACUAGAAACAGACGUCCUCAUUUGGUCAGUGUAGCGUUUGAGUCCCCUGUUAGUAAUACAGAUAAGUAUAUGUGUGUGCUCAUAUUUCCCUACAUAUUUGUUCACUGUUUCACUCUCUAUGGAUGCCUGUUCACAUGUAAUCAGACUAAGCCUGAAGGAUACGUAGGGAGUGUAAGAAGCUGCCCCCCCCCCACCACCACCACCACCUUUAUCACCCAUGCUCUCUCUCUCUCUCUCUCUCUCUCUCUCUCUCUCUCUCUCUCUCCUGAACACAUCUUCACACACAUCCUCUUUACAUCUCUAUCUCUCUAAUCAGGCCACUUGGCUCAAGUCACAGAGAAAGAAAAGAGGUGGAGAGGGAGAACAAUGGUGCAAAAGAGGUGUAGUGAUGCACAGACGGGGCCCGAAUAGGAGAACAAGCAUUUAUGUGUAGAAAUCACAUCCCUUUAAAAAACUCAACAUCUGUCGUCCACCUGCAGCUGUGCCAUCUCUUUCUUCCUUUUUUCGUCACUCUUCCUCUCGUUUCGCCCCCCUCGCCACAAGCUCGUCCAGGCCUCAAUCAUUUGGCAGCAGCACGCGCUGUGGAUCACAGGAGGCAGAUGGGACGGUGAAUUUUAGAGGUCAAAUUAUACUGUAGGUCCUUUUCUCCCUCCAGUGCUCUUUUUAAUGAAUGAGGCUUUUUUACUCCGGGCCUGGUUUGAGGGCUCCGGUUACAUGUUGUAACCAGACCUCUUCAAUGGGGCCCUGUAAACUCUCCGUAUACUCAUAUAAGCUUACAGUAAAUACACACAGUACACUACAAAACACUAAGCGUGUUUUUUUAAUUUGAUUAAAAUCUUAACGCCAAUUCACAAUGUGGCUGAGUCAAAUACAACUUAUCUAUAUACCUAUUCAGUCCUGAAGUCAUCAGAUGGUUGCAACAAACAGUCUCUGAUUAUUGAUGAUCAUCUCAUUUAUUUGCCUCUCUAUGAUUAAUCUAUUAUUUUUCCUUUAACAUCCAGAGUUGGCUUUUUCAGGUCUUAUAUCUUGUCUAACUAACAACUCAAACACGUAGACUUUCAGUUCACUUGGAUGCAAGGCAUAAAAAAAGAUGCACAUCUUUAAUUUAAUUGGCAUAAAAAAUCAAAAGUUUGAAGCUUUGCUGUUUGAAAACUUUCAAACAUGAUUUUACAGUCCUGACAGCAGCUGCAUACAUAUUCCUGCCAGUGUACUUAUUAGCGGCUAAUUAUUUCACCUCUGAAAAACAAAAACAUAGCACUGUUACCAGCAGAUGGCUCAUUCUCAGUACACCGUCGACAAUAGUGCUGUUGUGUCUGGGUUUGUUGCCCUGACAGCCUGGGCAGACGACUUAACCUUAUUAUGAAAAUCCUUUUUAAGGGGUCUGUCCGAGUCAAACAGCCUCAGCCCUGACAGACUAGUGUGGUAGUAAACAGGCUAAUCUGUCAGAAAUCUGCCGGCCUUUAAAUCUCUACAUGAACUCUUGCUUGUGUCGGCAAGUUCACACAAAACCCCCACCAUCAUUUGUAUUAAACACAUCUCAGAAGACUGAAUUUAUCACGGAAAAUAACAAUAAAAUAUAUUGAUUCUGUUAAUAAACAAAUGCAGGGCGACUCUCAACGUGAUACAUAAAGCAACUUUGCAUUAAGGGAUAAAUUGCAGGAUAGCUAUAUAGCUCCAUCAGGAUACCUGAUUAAGGGGAUACUCCAGCAUAAAAUUAAGUAAGGGUCAAACACACCAUAACACCGAGUUAGACACCCCCUCCAGGGAUGAAUGUUGCCGACCGCUUGCUUCUCUAGUAAUACCAACUUUAGUAACGACCGCACAAUAGCAAUACACAGCGGUCUAUGUCUCCACGUGCAAACCUCAAUGAAAACGCCACUCUAUAGCCACAAAUAAUGUUCAGAAUAGCUUUGCACUUCAUCAGCAGUACAUACAGGGUCCCAGCCAUAGCACUAGCCACCAAACAUCUUUUUCGCUUUGCGUGGUUCCCUAAACAAAGAGACCAAACACAACUCAACCACUCUCCUCCAGCAGCCCCUUGUUUGUGGAGGAGACCCAUCGAGUCGAUCACCGAGUGCAGCAGAUUAUCUCCAAGUAGCAAUAAUCAUCAUAACCAUUUUGCACUGCAGGCAUGGUAGUUCUUCUGCCUUAGCGUCUUGGUCUGAUUGCAUUUCCUUGAAGAAAUUAAUGUUCUUCCUUGAGCUGCGAAAGUCCACUGCACUCAGUGAUCGACUCGUCAGGGGUCCCCCCACAAACAAGCAGCUGCUGGAGGAGAGUGGGUGAGUUGUGUUUGGUGUUUUGCUAAAGUAUGAUGUUAUGAUGUGAAAUUGGUAUUUUGUCUCAACCUAAUAAACAUGCUUUUGUGACUCUUUGAUCAGAGAUGAACAGAUUAAGUGGCUUCAUAUCAGCAUCAUUAUGCGACAUCUUUCCUCCUAUCACCAAUGGCAGAAAAUUAAAUCUAAAACAGUCCUUUGCUCGUGUUGAAUAUAAAUUAUGUUUAAAAUGAUACGGUUAAACACUACAACUGUAAGACGUAUUGGCCUUGCUCUGAAAACUUCAGCAUAACUCAACGUAUGUCCUGUUCAUCAACUCAUUACAAACCCAUAUUACAUAAGUUACUGCCAACGAUAACCAUGGGUACUUCAUUUUAAUGUGCUUGGAAUAGUGAUCGUAAACAUGAUGUUAUUUUUUGUGCUUUGAUAUAACCCAAAUAUUUACCAAGUUUUGUUUUUCUUAAUGAUUUUGGAUAGCUUGAUCCAAAUCCAAAAGUCCCUUUGUGGCAAUAUUCACUGAGCUAGAUAUUUUUUAGUAAAAUAUUCACCCAAGUGGCUGGCUUGUUGUCAGAAUAUCAGUAUCAGCUGUUGAAAAACUGAUAUCAGUGCACCACUAAUUUUAAUGCAGUCUGAUCAAAAAUAACUAUCUAACUAUCUGCUAUCCUCUGAUUAUUUGCUGCCUGUUCAGUGCUGAAAAAACAGUUUUUUCGAUCUAUUUGGACAUAUUUGCAAACAGGUAUUGUGUAAGACAUAAACCCUAACUUUAUGACAAGUCUGUAACAUAGUUCUGCUGUAAUCAUGCCUUCUUACUUGAAGAUUGUCCAACCAAUGUUGCGACAUGUUCAUGCAUAAUUUCACAUUGCUUUUUGGCGUUUUAAACUUAGUGAUCCCCUUUUGCCUCUGUAACCCCUGCUAAUACUUCAAGUGCUGACACAGCGGUGAGGUAACACGCCUCUGUCGCAUUUGUAUUUGAGGAGACAAUUGUGGAUAUUAUACCUAAAGGGAACUGUGAAAGGGCUUGAAAGAACAGCAGACAGUUUUUUUAGUGAGAGGAAAAGCGGAGUUGUAUGCGCAAAUAUUUGUCUUUCACACUUUUACAGUAUUUAAGAAUGUAAUUACACUUUUACACAAUUACACUUCAAAUACGUGUGACUUGGUUCUUUGUGCAAGCGUGACAAGUAUCAAUGUUCCCUUGUUGAAUCCCCAAAAUGAGCCACUCAACAGCACCCUGAUCAACACAAACCAAUCAACUCAUGCUCACGUUUAAAGAGCGAGGAUCGAAAUCACAAACUGGAAUCGUGAAUAGAGAGUUUUUGAGCGAGAGAGUGAGACUGAGAAGAGGGGGGGGCCGGAGAAAGAGAAAAGGGCUGGCACUCUUGAAGAACCGUGAGGGCCAGAUCACAAAUAAUAAAACAGAAAAAGGCAGCGAUGGAUGGAGGAAGGGGGAGGGGAAAAAAAAGAGGGAGGAAAAUAUGUUGAGUGAAGGGGAAGGUCGGAGAGAAUGGGAGUCGAACAUGUGCCAGCAGCGCUGCACCUCUCGCUGUGACUGGUGCUCUUCAAGGAUCUUUCCUCUCCCUCCCUCUUUCGUCUCUUUUAUUUACCUCCCUCUUUUCCUUUCUCCUGCGUAGCUGCAGCUAGUCUUUUUUUCCCGUCUUUCCCAUUUUUCUUUCCCCCCACCCCUUCCUCUCUCUUUCCCUCUCACUCUCUCUCUCUCUGUCUCUCUGUCUUUCUGUGACUUGCAACAAAAGGCUGACGGAGUGAGCCUGACGUCUGAAUGAAUCGCCCAAACCUGCCGUGAAGGGAGAGAAGAGGGUGACGGAGGGAGCGCGGAAGGAGAGAAGAUACAAGUGAUCUGGCUUGAGAGGCGGAAAAAAAAAGAAGAGCGCGCACAAGAAGAGUAGAGAUCCUUUUUUUUUUACCUCCCCUUCUUUGGAGAUUAAAGGAGUUGAAGGCAUUGCGUUGACCGUGCUGAGGGGGGGCAGUGACGAUCGUACUUCUCGCUGCUGUCCUCCCCUUCACCCACUGCCCUCCUGUGCCACCUUCCAUUUUCCCCCUCUUCCAUCAGAGUAUCAGUCAUCUGAAAAAAAAAGAAAAGAAAAAUGGAGGUUUUAGGGGUGAGGUGACGAAGGAGGACAGAUUUGGAAAUAAGAAGUGUUGGAGAGUGAGAGCAAGCGGGAGCGAGGGAGACUCUCUCCACAUCCCAAAGCCACUUCUUCUUCUUCUUUUUAAUUUUUUCGUGAAAAUCUCUCUGCUAUAUUUCCUCUGUCAUGUGCUGCUCCUGAUUUGAAGAAUGUGGAGACAACAUUUCCCAGGCAAGGAGCAUGCUUCGCACCGUCUUAUGCAUACGUGUUCGUCUCUCUGCAUGAAUUCAUCAAGGGUCGUAAUAAAAACUGUGCUGUGUGUUUGAUGGUGAUGGGUUGGGGGGUAGGGGAGAGGAGUCGGGGGGUUGGGAGUUGGAUUUGGCUUUAAGGCUAAUGAGCCUCUUAUGUUUUUGCAAUGGAGUGUGUCAUGAAAACAGUGUGUGUGCGCACGAGGGGCGAGCGCCCAUGUGAGUGCAUGUGUCAGUGUUUCCUCGUUCGGCGGUUAGAAAACCACGGAGCUGUGCUGCACAGUAGAAGGAGGAAGCUGAGAGCGGAGUGGUUGACAUUUGAAGGGUCAGAGGUCACUGGAACAUCAGCAUUGAGUGGCUGUGUGUGAGAUUGUUAAUGGUUGUUGUUGCAUGUUAAUGCUGUGUGUUACAGAGUGUGUAUCAGGCACUAAAUCUGGGUGUAGAGAUGUAGUUGAGGUUUGUUAUUUCAGAUUUUUUAUCUCAAAUAUACAUAAAUCUGCAGAUAUUUGGGUGAAAAUUGCUCAGACAGUGUGAUUUGGAUGAAAAACACUCGAGAAUAAUCAUAGUGGGAGUUGUAAUCAUAAUCAGAAACUAAUUUGCACUUUUUCUCAGAGCUGUCAAACCACAAAAUCACCUUAGGAAAAACCGCCAUCAAAGUUGUUUUUAUUUCAUAGCUGUAAGCAUAACUUUGUAGUCCAGCACAAGGCGAAACCUGCCAAAAGUCAUCAGCCAAGUUUACAAAAUCUGAUCAUUUUCCUGCAGGAUGAGAAUUUCUCUUUUUCACAGCUCUUACAUUUGGUGUUUAUGAUUUGUUACCAUCAGCUUGUGUAGAUGCUACAGAUUCCUUUUCUCCUGCUGUGUUUGGUGUGUACAUGCAACCAGCCGGCGCACACACACUCACUUGUCUGUGUAUCCAAGUGCAUGCGCGUGCACGUGUGUGUACUUGUGUGUGAAGUGAAAGCUGGGUCCGCUGUUCAUCAGCUCUGACAGCUGCUUUUGUCUCAGGACCCUGAUUGCUUUUAGGCCGUGCUGGCAAAGCACAAAAGACAACGUUUAAAGAGGAGCUGGUGAUGGAUGGAUGCUCCCCUCUCUCACUCUGUGUUGUAUUUACCGCUGACACCACCUGUGAUAUCUUUAUGUCAGCGUGUGUUUCCCCCACUCUCUUUCUUCCUAUCCCCCCGCCCUCCUACAUUUUAAUAUGUAAUUUCUCCCGUCUUUUCUUCUCUCUCAUCUCCACCCUCGCCCCCUUUUGGCUCGGUGUUUUGGUGGUGAUAAGUUUUGGAGGAGGGCAGGCGGUGGGAGGACAAACAAGGUCUUUGUGUGUCCACAUAGUGGAAUAAGAGACAGGCCGGGGUGGUGACGGUGUAGCCAGGCUCAGAUAGGGUCCGGUGGGGGCCCGGAGAAGGCAAGUCUGCCAAAGAAAAGAUUACACCUCCCCUGUUUUUCUACAGAUGCCAGGGGAUCGUAAACAUACUGGAGAAAGUAGACACUCCCAAGAAUGAAGGCGCCGGAUCCUUAUUAACGUGCAUGUACGGUGAAACAUAGUUCUUUAUAUGAGGGGCAUGGAAGUGGACGGACUAAAAGAGCACUGGCAUUGAGAGCUGUGAAUGCCCUUGGACAUUUUAUUUAACACAAUAUUCCUGAUAAUCACUGAUCAUUACUGGCUAUCAUCUGUGGGUGUGUGUGAAGAUGAGUGCAGCCAAAUCUCUGCAUGUGUGUGUGUGUGUGUUCACAAUAAAUUCAGGGUUCAUUGCGUUCACGAUAUGAGCACUCGCAGAAAGCACAUUGCAAAAGUAUGAAUUUAUCCCAAUAAACGAGAAGCAGGACUUUUUUAUUCUUAGAAAUAAAGGCAUUGCUUUCUCUCCCACCAUUAACACUCUCGCCCCAUUUUGGUGCAGUCAGAUAAACCCAAGCUGGCUGUUAGCCACCCUCAGAUUAAUUGAUGCCAAUUAAGUGGCGAAAAAAGCUUUUUGGAUUUACUCUGGAGUCAGGGGACAUGCGGCAAACGCAGGUGUUUUGUAAAACAUGGAAAGCAGGAGAUAAAACGUGUGAGUUAUAGCUAAUACGAACAAUUUAAUGUAUCACAUGGAACCCUGGCAUCGCACAUCACGCAUUUUUCCUCCGAUCAUUCAGGCCAAGUUUGAGUUUCCAGGUUGAGUGUCCAUGUGGGAUGUUGCCUUCUGGGGGCAAAUUGGAUGAAAUGAGGCUUUUCCUCUUCUCAUCUUUCUGACUCACUGUUGCACUUGCCACAAAAUCAUCAGCUCACACCCCCUCCUCCUUUUAACUCUCAGACCAUCCCAUCGCUGAGACCCCCCAGCUUGGGAGUUGCUAGGUAACCAGAACCAGCUGUUGGUCCUAAGCCCGUUGAGCCCAUCUUGGCUCUGCCUCAGCUGCAGUGUAGUAUUUUCUCUGAAAGUGCGCUGUGAACUCAGCGACCGCCGCUGUGGCCCUGACAUCAUCGUGCCAUGGAAAAUCUUCCUCACUUCCUUUUGUUUUUGCAGAUUUUUAUUGUUCCACUGCUGCGGGAACCGGCGUGGGAGCCCUGUCUGUGGCAUGUAUCACAUCAGUUUGAGUAAUUGAGCAGAAUUUCAUCACCUCGGGGAAAUGAGCAGAGGAAUAAUGAGUCAGUGGGUGGUGAGGGUUUUUCUAGAAGUUGUCACCUGAAAAUGUAGAGCGAGAUGACAAAGAUUAUAAAAGAGGGAGUAGAGUGACUGUCCUCCAUGAGGUGAGGAUGGUUAAGCAUCUCAGAGACAUGGGAUGGCGAAGUACACUGUGUCACUUUUCACAUGAGCGCAGGUCAGCUAAUGCAGUUCGGACCGUUUAACUUUUUACACAGUGAGUAAGAGCCUCGCAAACAAACCGCGAGCAAAUCCGAGGGGAGUGCGCUACCUUCCAAAUAAAACAGUCUCUGCAAACCAACAGAGACACAUCAGAGAUCCAUGAAACCACAAAACCAGAAACACAAUCUGUCAGAAAAUAGAGCCUGAGGAGUUAAGAUAACCAACGCAGUGAUAUUAAAUGUUAGUUUAAAGAAACCCACAGAUUUGAGCUAAGGUUUAUUUCUCUUAUUGAUUGUUUGCACUCUAUUUAGGAAAAGAUCCUUCUUCUUAAAUCUCUGACUCACAGCGCCUGGCAUGGGAUUUUUCGAGGCUGCUUUUCCAAGAUUGCCGCUUCCAAAUGAGCGAAUUACACAUCAGAUCGUACACACCAGCGAGAGACUUUUUUUCUCUAUGAGCUCCGUCUUUCUUUCCCUCUCAUGUUUGAAAAGAUUACUUCUGUUUCUGUUGUCCGAAUCCAAAAAGUUGUUUUAGUUUUAACAUCUGUAAUCCAUUUGUGGUUGAAAGUACACUCCUACCAGCUCUGCCAGAAGUUUUCAUACUUCCUGAAGAAUGAUUCAGUUAGUGAUUAGCAGUGGCUAAAGGAUGAUAUCAACUUUUUUGUCCCAUCAAGCUUCCCUUGAGGGGCAUAACAAAACAUGACCUCAGCUGUGUAUGUGUUGCCACACUGAACACAGAUCAGAUUUAGUUAGUCGAGCUGUUGGCGUCGCUCCUGUGUUUCUGGCUUUUAGACAAUGCUGGCCGCUGUUCUUUGAUAAAUACUUUGGGAACAACAACAGGAAAUUGACACAUGCAAUUUGCAUUUUUUAAUUCCAGAGACUACCAGCCAAAGUAUUUGGCCGUUAAUAUAAACUUUUUUCAGCCGUGUUGUUUCUGCUGCUCACUGAAGUUUACAUAACAGCGAGAAGGCUCUUAAAAAAUGCCUCUGCGGUGCAUUAAGAGUGGCUCUGGGUUGUUCUGUCUGGUACUGGGUGGGUCUCUGUGUUUGGACAAGGAGAGUUCUGGCUUUGAUGGGCCUGCAUGCUGGGUGGGGUGGCUGGCUAGCUGCUGCCAAACUCUCCAGGCUGGUACCGACCCAACUGGGGAGGGAGACAGAGGGGGGACGAGAGAGGGAGAGGUGAAUAUAAACAGAAAGAAAACAGCAAGACAAGAGUUUAGUAAAGAAAAGAAAAAUAACUUUAAAUUUUAAUGUUAAACCGACUUUUGAUUAUAUUUUUUCAGUUCACAACACUACAGGACAUCAGUGAUUAUACUUAGAUUAUCUGCAAAUUAAAUCCAUUUAGCAGAAAUGUGAUUGCUAUUAUAAUCACCUAUCAAUGCAAAAGCUCUAUACAGCAAAUUACAAUAACACAUGAUGAAUCUGCAGAUUAUUAACGCCUAACAAGUUAUUCCUUAUGAUACAAUAUAGUACAUUAUGAUAUGAUUUUAUACAGUAUAGUACAAAACAUUAUAUUUUGGUAGGAUAUGAUACAAAGCAAUACAUGACAUAUGAUGCAAUGCUGUGCAAAAUAGCAUGACACAAUAUAAUAUGGUAUGAUACAAUGCAUUUUCAUACUAUCUUGUUUGACACAUUGUGAUAUAUGUUAUUAUGUAAUCUGUAUGAUACAAUUAAAUGUGAUAUUGAUUUAUGACAAUGCAUUAUUACUUCAUUUUAUUCAGAUGUGGUAUGAUACAAUCAGAUGCAAUACUGUGUGAUCCAAGAUGGAAAUGAAACAAUAUGAUCUGGUAUGAUUUUGGGCUGACGUCAUAUACCAGUAACGACAGGAACUGUCUUAAAUGAAAUUUGACAUAAUCAUAUUGUGCUAAAAACAGGCAAACAAUGACAUAGAGUUCAUAGCUGAAGUUCUUAUGCUGCUCAUAGUUUAAAUUUCAAAAUAAAAGCAUAGUUUUAGAAGAUAAAUUUACCAAAGAAAUACAGAAAGUGUUUAGAAUUAAAGUAUGCCAAACAUUUUUUGUAUGAUGCAGUGUCUAAAGAGGUGACACAGCCAGUGAUGUGCAUAAAACAGAAAUCGAAGUUAACAUGUAGGUUAACUGUAUAUUUCAGUAAAAUAUGUGGACUUAUUAUAUUCAUGAGCAUAUGUUGCUGUGUUGUUUUAAAUAUGAAAUUCUUCAAAAAACAUUGCAAUAAUAUUGUUAUCAUGAUAUUUUAUAGUCAUGAUAACUAUGAGUUGAAUAUCUGAUAUUGUGACAGACCUUAUAUGAUACAAAAAUCUGCAUUGUUUUGUUAACUUGUAUGCUGUACAUAGUUUUCUGUCACCACAGCACACUGCCAGAAGAGCCUUUGUUACAUCUGUUAGUGUUAAAUAUCACAGUACUGCAUAAAGGACACUAGAUGUUGAAUCAUUGAAUCUGGAUCGAUGGAUAAAGACUCGACUCUGAUAUCCUUUUUGGGCUCUUUACCCGCUUGAAAAAUCCAUAACUUGUCAGCUAAAUGCACUCAAGGCUCUUGUGAGUGUAAUGGUUUGUUUUAUUAUGGUUUCAGAGUCGCUUUUUUCCUAGUCUUCUUCUCAUACAUCAUUUGAUAGAAAACGCUUCAUUUUGUGAAGUUAAUCAUCUGAAAUAGACCGACAUAAGGUAAGCAUUACUAGUUAUGUUAGUGCUUAGACAUUAGACGAGCAGAUGACUUGUUAUUGCAGUCCUCUGCAGCUGCAAGCUUAUUCAGAGUCUAUAAUAUUCCAUAAAGACCGAUAAACGCCCCGCGGCAAUCAGACAUAGACUCAAUACACAGUCAAUGUAAUUAACAUUGAGUUCAGAGAAGCCUGGAUUUUCAAAAUAAAACAUAAAAUAAAACUGUUCAUAUUGCAUCACUACCAGAACUGAUGAUUCGUGUCUGUGGUCACUUUAUCACUCUGUGCUUUUUAUCUAUUAACACAGGACAGAGGUUGUAGGGUUUAUUAACCGUCUGGCUGUUUUGGAGACUUAAGUGUAGGAAGUCGAGCACAAAAGACCUUGGAAAAUUUCCUGCUCACAUUCAGCAGAGCUUUUUUUUCUGAGCAUGUAAUUCAAUAUACUUUUAAGGAAUCAAGUGUGUUGGUGGCAAAGCUUCUUCUACCCACUGCUCAUCUAGAAAACGACGGAGGAAGUAAAAGAUUCCUCAGAGGACAAAGUGCACCUAGAUCUGAAAAUCCUACCCUCCAAAUUUGCCUUGAACACAGCAUCUGUAUCAGGAUUGAUAAUCCUCCGGAGACUGAUCUGCCCACAUUUACCGCCUGACUUAAACCAGCAGGAGAAAAUGUCAUGAAGUGUCCUUCUGAUGGCAUAAGAGUAGAGACUAAAGCCUCCAAACUCAUUAACUUUGAUGAGACAGUCAGUCCCUGAAGGGGCGCUGAGGAGAGGCUAUUACAGAGACUCAGUCAACAACACAUUUCUAUCAGAGUGUGUGUGUGUGUGUAUUUCUUUAUCAAUAAGCAGUAUGGUUUAUUUAUUAUUCAAAUAUUAACUUUAUUAAGAUAAGACACAAAAAAACACAUAGUUGCUCAUGUAUGAUAAACAUAUUGUCUUUGCAGUUUUUCUUUUCACCGAGGGGAGCUUCAGUCCUUAAUAAAACCAACCAGCUCCAACAAAUCACUGCCCAGGUAUCCGAGUCAUUAAGACCCUCAUUAAGAGGCUUGUUAGGCGUUAAUUAUCCGCAGAUUCAUCAUGUGUUAAAUGCGGUGCCGUUCUGCCUUAUUAGUCCAGGGAAAGGCUAAUAACCACCAGGAAAUAAUUAAUCAUCAGCAUUUUGACCUACUUCCUACAAGUGACGCUGCCUUUUCCACCAGCUGGAUCUUGUCUAAGUGUGUAUUGAGCGAGAGUGCGUCGGUCUGCGUCCAGUGUGUGUGUGUGUGAGUGUGUGUGCCCGUCUGAAAAGCAGUGUGUUUCCUCCGUGUGCCACUGUUGGAGAUGAUGGAAGUAGUUUCUUCCUCAGUCAGUCAGAGCUGUGAUAAUGAACUCUGCAGGAGUGUGAUGAGGGGGCACAGGGAGAGCUGAGGAGCCACAGGUGUGUUUGGCAGGCAGCCUGUCUCCUCUCCUCAUUGCUAGCAUACACUAAGCACACACACACACACACACACUUUUACACACAGUGAUUCCCCCAGUGAGAAUAAUGAACACUUUCAGCUUCUGCUAGAAAAAUGGAACAGAAAGAUCGGGGUCAUUUCUUCUUUUAACCUUUUUUUCUCUUUAUAUGCACCUUUGUUCUUUUCUCUUUUAACAUGCAGUUAAGGCUUUUUAAGGCUCCUCUUGUUAGAAAGAGAGCUGCAAUAAAGUAAUAUUGUUAAUAGCUGUCAUAAAAUAAAAUACAGCACACUUUUGUACACUGUGAUAGAGCAGCUCUUAAACUCCUACCUUAUAAAAUUGACAAAGAAAGAGAAAUAAAGCUACAUAUAACAGAUAAAGUUCGUAUAAAUUCAAAGAACGAUUUUAUUAGGACAAGUUUCGGGCAUGAAUUUAAAGAUCUUCAAAAUAUCUCUCUUAAAUUGAAGAGGUUUGGUCAAACUCCAAUAAGGUGGUUUACUACAUUUCCUUUGAUGCAGUCAAGACAAAACAAGUUUUCACUAGCAACAUGGUACCUUUCUGCUACGAGCAUAGUUGUACUCCAGUAAUGCGUAAAGUCAGUGUUCAAAAAGCUCUUCAAAGUCUUUGAAAGUAAAAAGAAUAACGUCUCUUUGUUCUGUCGAAGAGAAACCACUUCAGGGAUGAGACGGUCUAAGCACACUCAAGGUUUCCUCCAAACAUCACCAGACUGUUCUCCUGCUCUUCUCAUUCUCUCUCUCUCGGUGAGAGAUUAACUUCACUCCUUAAGUCAUCUUUGCUUGUCGAGAUAUUCUGCCGCACAUUCAGUUUCCUCUUGAGUUCAGCGGAACUCAGUGCUUCAGUUUUUUAAAAAGAUUUCCAACUGAAGUGAACUGAAUAAGAAGAAAUGUGAUUGAGGAAAUACCCCUGGUUAUCAGAUGAAUGAGUAAGAAACAUGAGUUAUCAAAUUAUGAAACCACGGCUCAUCUGCAAUUUUAGGUGGUUUCUUGUGAGCGGCUCUUUAUCCAACUGGUCAGAACAGAGGUUAGUGUGCUGUUAAUAAUACAAUGUCAAUAUACAGUUUGUCGACUGAAGUUAGGGGUGAAUUUUUUUGUAACUUUCAUGACUUAAUAUGCACCCAUUUCAGUCGUAUUUAGGGUUCCCAACCGUAUUGUAAAAAACUGGAUCCUACCGUAUUUGAAAACAAAAAGACAUGUCCUGUAAUGAACUAAAACGGGACGCUCCUUUUCCUGUAUUUUCUGACAGCGUCUCUCCGCCUAACACACUGUCACAGGCUCACAUUUUUCGGCCCCAGCCUGAAAGAAGGGACACCCAAAUUUUAUAAGGGACACCAAAAAUUUUUCAAAGGCGGCAGGCCAGAUUAACUGUCCCUUAUUUCAAUCUCUUGGAGUUGGCAACCCUAUUCGUAUCUCAAACAACACUAAAUAUAACUCAAAGUAAGAGUGAAGCAACCACAAAUGUCUGCUAUUCUGCUUUAUAUACAAUUAUGAGGGGAUAUUUGUGAUGCUCCUUUUUUUGGAAGAGCCCUGUCCCGUUUUAAAACUAAAGAAAAAGCCACAAUAAAUCCCACUGAUAAAGAAACCACCAUGACAUUAACAAGACUGCUCAGAAAAUAGUUCAAGGAUCCCCUUUUCUCUUCAAAUUUAAAACCUGCACCAGUUAAUCAAAAGCAAACCCAGAUCAAUAGUCAAUGCAACCAUUUUCUAUUUAUUCACCACACCAGAAAAAAAAAAAGCCUGAGGCUGCAGAAUGAAAGCACAGUUAGCCAAAACACUGCAACAUUAAAACGCUCCCUUUGUUGCUGUCCCUAUUUUGUUUUCUCCAUUAAAAGCAUGUGAUCAUAUUUAAACUACAUAUGUUUGCAUGUUGUAGUUGUGUAGGUCACAAACACCAUCCUUGCCUCCCAAAUGAGCGAGACUUCUAAGACAGACACAGAGCGCACAGGCUUGGAUGUCCUCUCCAGCAGCGCAGAUGUCACUAAAUAAAAUAUUUCAUAAUCCUGCCCAAAUCCUCUAAUCACCAUGACAACAGGCAGCAGGGAGCCAGAGAGUGGUGGAGUGUGGACCCCCACUUCCUCCUUUUCUCCUCCCUCUUUUUUUCCCUCAUUUUAGAGGAAUUUGGGUCCACUCCGUCAGAGUUUUGCUUUUGGUAUUACACUGUUGUCCAUCCCCUUAGGAAAGGUUUGAACAGAUUUCAGGGAAAGUAUCAGACACAGACCGACACCAUCAGCUGAAUUAGUCAGUACAGAAAUGUUCCUGUUUCCUGUAUUGACAGGUAAAGAUGAAUGGUGCACCGUUACCCUUCCUUGUUGUAAAAAGGGAGUCCAAGAUAUUCCCUCUGAUGAGCUCUGACACCUUGUUUGAAGCAGACGCUGACAGUAAUGGAAGUUUGAUGGUUCUUGGGUUAGUAUCAGUCAUUUUUAGGGCCACGGGGCAAACACACCAAGGCACUAUUUAUUGUGGAUUUUUUCUUAUUCCACUUCUGGACAAAUUUCGAUUCACUACCAGUCCUACAGCUCGAAGGGUUGAAGAACAAAUGAUGUAAGUCGUGAAAAACUUUGGAAGAAUUUUCCAUUGAAGUCAGUGGGACAAGUAAAAAAAAAAGAGCAAUUAUUGGAGUUUUUUAAACACCUACCAGCUCUUCAUACUUUCCCUUAAAGACUCCAUUUAAACUUAAAAAUGUAGACACAAGUCUAAUCUAUCUAUGUCAUAAUCUUAAUUUUGUUAGGCAUUGUAGUUUUUGAUAGCUCACUGUUUAAUGACCAUGAUCAUUUCUGGAGAAAUUUUGAGAUUAUAAUGGGUGGGUAUUGCAUGGGAUAUCAGUUUAAGUGAGAGACUUUGCAUGAAAUUGUCUGAAACUUUUCUCUUUCUCUGCUCCUCCUGGACAUAAACUACACUCUAAAUGCAUUUUCUUUUUUCCACAAUUGUAGACACACUUGUUCUGUUCCUAACUAUGUGUUCACCUAGGCAAAAAGACUUGCAGAUUUUAAACACUGAGUCUCUAAGUGUGGCAGUGUCUCUCUCUGCUCCUCAUUGACACCAAUAUAAAAAUUUUCGUGCAACUAUUGCUGCGUUCAAGUUAAAUCGGAAGUCAGAUGUCGGAGCUGAAAAUGACGUCACACAUAAGUUACUAGCGUUUCAGUUACCAAGUCGGAAAAAAACAAAAUCGGAAGCCUGAAACAAGACGGCUACAUCUACGAAAGUUAUUUUAGCGCUUGCUUUAUAUUUGGACAAGACAAGCGCUAAAAUAACUUUGCUUUUUUCCGACUUGGUAACUGAAACACUGGUAACUCGGGUGUGACGUUGUUUUCAGCCCAGACUUCUGACUUCCAAGGAAACUCAAACGCAGCAUAUUAAAGUCAUAUCAAAGCAUUCAGGAAGUCCUUACGAUGACCGUCGAGCUACAGUUUUGUCAGAAUUGACCCAAAUGUGAGUCCAGCGCUGAGGCAAGAAAUCGCUCUUGUUCUCGAUGUUUUGGGUGCCUUAGCCCGCAGUGAGUCUAUUGUCGUGGCACUCAAUUUGGUCACUUGAAUAAGGGCUUUGAUGAUGUGAUGUGUGAAGCCAAAUCAUUAAACUGUUAGAUGAUGCAGGGAGAGUCACUGAAGAUGGGCUUUAUGACUUAAACUGCAACCAGGCUGUUGGAGAGGUUCUUGGAUUUGCUUUUGUGGAGGCUGUCUUGCCGUCCAUCGUUUAAACAGCUCAAGUUUCUAGUACCUUGUGUCUCUUCUUUCCACAAGGCCAAUCUCAUUACAACCCAGUAUGACAUGGGGUUAAAGAUAGUGAACUAAAAUACUCUCAGUUAAAGCACAAACCUUGAGAUGAUGUAAAGUUUGAAUGUGAUCAUUAAACACCCGCUGAUCCACAGUGUGGGUUCGAAUAAAGCCGGGUCUCUUAAGGGUUUUAAACUAUGUGCGCACACAGAGAUACAGUAGCACACACUGAAGGCCUACAGAUUUCUGUACAAUGAUAGGAUAAUGGAGGGGAUGACCUCAUGGGGUGAAAGGACCUGUUGCCUGGUAACAGUGUGGUUAGCAGCAAGAGAGGGGGGUAUUCAUACCAGUGUGUAUUUGUGUGUGUGUGUGUGUAGUAUUGACCAGUGUUGCCAGGUGAGGGAGAUUAUGAUGGUAUUUAAAAAUAGAGAUCUGCACAUCUUCAGGUGUGAGUGUGUGUGUGAGUGUGUGUCGCACAUGAACAAAACACACAGUUGUGAUCUGUACAAACACUUCCUGCUGCUAUUUAUUUUCUUACAUUUUUAGAGCCUCUUCUGCAGCUCACUUGACUGUGUGUGUGUGUGUGUGCAAGACAUAAAUAAUUAACUCUCUCCCCUCUCUCUUUCUGUGUCUCUGCAGGUAUUCGGCCCCAGAUUAUGAAUGGGCCUAUGCACCCGCGCCCCCUGGUGGCGCUGCUGGAUGGGCGCGAUUGCACUGUGGAGAUGCCCAUCCUCAAAGACCUGGCGACCGUAGCUUUCUGCGAUGCCCAGUCUACACAGGAGAUACACGAGAAGGUACAAAAUAACUGUUCAGGAUUGUAUCACCCAUAAACGUAAAGAAUAUCCAUCCACCCGUAGCACUCACAUUUAAAACUCGUGAAAAUACAAAGCAAUCCUGGAUGACUUCCUGAGUUUUUAUCUCAGAUCUUUAAUGUCUCUUUAUGACUGUUCCUGGAUGUGUCAGGCUCGUUUUAGUGCCUUUUGUUUAUGUGUGUAAUUAACUUUAAUUAUUUCCUGUUGAUUUGCAAUUAACUUUAUUUACUUUCAGGAUGGAGAGUAAGACAGAUAAGAGAAGAAACACUUCUUAUUGACCUCUCUUAAGACCAAAAGCAAAAUUAUAGUUUUUAUGACUUGGGUGAUAAAGUGGUAUAACUUAUUAUAUUACAUAAAAAGUCUACACACCGCUGUUCAACUGCCAGGUUUUUGUCAUGUAAAAAAAAUAAAUCAAAAUAAAUAAUUUCACAACUUCUUCCACCUUUUAAUGUGACUUAUAUCCUGUAAAACACAAUUGAAGAACAAACAGAAAUCUUUCAGGGAGAUGAAGUAAAAAUAAACAACUGAGAUCAUGUGGUUGCAUAAGUGUGCACACCCUCUAAUAACUGGGGAUGUGGCUGUGUUCAGAUUCAACCAAAAACAUUCAAACUCAGGUUAAAUUGGAGUCAGCACACACCUGUCACCAAUUAAAGUGCCUCUAAUCAACCCCAAAUUAAGUUCAGCUGUUCUAGUAGCUUUUCCUGACAUUUUUGUAGCCACAUCUUCCAGCACAAGCCAUGGUCCGCAGAGAGCUUCCAAAGCAUCAGGGGGAUCUCAUUAUUCAAAGAUAUCAGUCAGGUGAGGGCUACAAAAGAAUUUUCAAGGAAUCAAAUAUACUAUGGAACACAGUGAAGUGGAGAAAAUAUGGCAGAACAGUGACAUUACCAAGAACAGGACGUCCGUCCAAAAUUGAUGAUAAGACAAGAUGAUAACUGGUCAGGGAGGUUAACCAAGAGGCCGACAGCAACACUGAAGGAGCUGCAGGAAUUUCUGGCGAGUACUGGCUGUGUAGUACAUGUGACAACAAUCUCCCACUGUCUUCAUAUGUCUGGGCUAUGGGGUAAGGUGGCAAGACGGAAGCCUUAUCUUACAAAGUAAAACAUCAAAGCCCAGGCAACCAGGUUAUUUUAACUGUUUUAUUUUUUAUUUUUCCCCUUAAAGGUUUCAGUUUGUUUUUCAAUUGCGUUGUACAGGUUAUAGGUCAAAUUAAAGGUGGAAAAAGUUGUGAAAAUAUUUAUCUUGCUGUCAUUUUCUUACAUCACGAAAACCUGGCAGUUGAACAGAGGUGUGUAGACUGUUUAUAUUCACUGUAAUGUAGUGACAUCACAUUUCUGAGCCUCAUCUUGUAAUGUCAGACCCACUCCCAGCUUAUCUUCAGCCAUUAAUUUUAAUAUGGGGUAGGGGGAAAAAUGGACAGAAAUGAGACUGAUGCAACCAAAAGCCAAAUUUAUUCAUAGGAACGAAAGUCAUCACCAAAUUAAACACUGCUUUUUAAAAUAUAGUAAAAAUAUAUAUACGUGUUCGAAAAAAUAACUAAUAAUUUAAUCAGAAAUAUUUUUUGCCAAUUAUAUGAAACUGUUACAUCUAUUGUUUUUACUCCUGAGCUGAGUGUAACAGAUAUUCUCUAUGAAUGCACUUAAACAGGAGUUAAAUAGGAGAAGUUCCAAAGGUCAGACCACACUAUAUCCUCGUGUGUUUGCUGUAACAUUCAUAAUUGUAAUAGUAUCGGCUGUCUCUGCACAAACUUAAAGGCAGGCCCACACACUCUGUGAUACUGACAUAUCUCGAGCUAAAAGGAUCCUCUCUUUCCUCCUACUGUGGCUUGUCCUCUGUGAUGUUUUAAUCAUAUUUCAGCCCACUGGCUUGUUCCACUCUCCCAGUUCAACUCUUAAUGGUUUCAUCACUGACUCUAAUCCCGCUGGGUGCUGAAGUGCUGCUUUGUUAAAUAAGGAGGAGGAGGAGGCUGCUAAUAGAAAUGCAGUAUAAUUGUUCCCAGCCAGAGUGGGUGAAACAUUUGUCUUAUUUUACUGCCUUUACACCGGAGCCAAGCUGAAGCAGUCUUAAAAUACUGACUGGAGGUUUUGUGUCUUUACACUUAAACGAAGGAUGGAAAGGGCUUUUGCUUUACACAGCUGAAAACACCGCCUUCCACGGGCCCUCGAUUUAAUCUGUUUUUAAAUUUAUAUUAUAAAGCAGUCCAUUUCUCCAUAUACUUUUCAAUUUGUCUUUUCCGUACUACCCUAAUCACACACACACAUUUAACACAAUCACAUUCUUCUACCAGUAAACUGCACUCAUACUUACACAUUUCACAUACUGAAGACCCAUCUGGGAGAAUAGAUAUUGGCAGCAUUCCCAUAACUAUAACUGCACAGCAGAGGGUACAGAUGGGGCACACUGCACACACAAACACACUCGCCAGCAGCAGCAGUGAAAGUUUCAGAAGUGAAGAACUGUUCACACAAAACUGUAUCGUCAAAAAACUCGAGCAAACACAGCCACGCUGCUGUCUUUUUUUUGCACUUAGUGUCUGUAAGUGAGCAGACGCAGUGGUUAAAGUGGUCUGUAAUGUAAGAUAUUACUGUAAACUGCAUAACAUGCAUCACUUUAAGCUAGUGGCGACUUAGAAAAGAGCUGCAGUCUCUGUUUUACUGCAUGAUAAAGGAAAUAGAUAAGACACUGCUCAAGGUCUGUCAAAGAAGACAAUAAUGUCGUUGAGAGAUCACAGAAGACUUGUUGAACUGCUGGAAAGGAUAAGUGAAGUGUUUUCAAGUGUCUUCAAAUGACGCUGAAUGGUCAUCCCCUGAUUUAAUGUUUUAAGUGCAGCUGUUUUAGUGCCAAGUAAAAAGAUGCUCUAAAAAUGUCAACCACGAUUAAGCGCGCAAAUGAAAACAAAAUUACCUGCUACCUUCCUCACUGAUCAGGACAUAAGCGUAUUUUCAAGACAAAUGGAGCAUGUCGUGUUUGUCACAGAAGAAUGGCAGCAGUUUUUCAGAUUUAUUAUUUUUCCUUUGGCAUCUGGGACUCAGCUCAGUUGUUGACAGCUGAGUGAUGGACAGAGAAAUAUUUAAUGAAGAUCUACAGGCACAACUGUUCAGACAUAAGAUACCCCUGAUUAAAGGUGGGGUGGGCAGGAUCUGAGGAAGUGCCAGUUUUGGGGAGAAAUCCUGAAUGUAAACUCUACCCCUCCCAAACAGUUUUCCCCUCAGCUCCUCCUCUCCCCUCCAUCUUUGCUCCAGCAAGCCCCGCCCACAAACAGACGCUCCUUCUCACUUGUAUCAUUUCAAUUAAAUUCAGAUGUAAUGCAGAUAAAUACGUCAGAUAAUUACAAAUCCGGCCCAGUCAACGUGAAAGUAAAAAGCAUUGGUGCUACUGUAGAUGCCAACAGACUAUCAGCAAACACAAUGUUUGUAGGACUUCUACAACUAGGAUAAAGUGACAUACUCCAGGAGCUAAACAGUUUAGCAAGAAACACUUCUUUUACAAAGACUUGGCUUACUAUGUUAAAGCGGUUUACCUGUCCAGCAGAAAGGUUACAGGGUCCGUAAGAUCCCAAAGUGUCCCCCAUCGUUUAAGCUGAAGUUGACCCGGCUUUUUUAGCUCUUGCCAGGCUUUUUAAGCACCUGUUAUUCCGCCAGAGUCUCCGGUAUUUACUUUCUUUUCUUGCUUGUGUUGACAGUCGUGGCCAAAGGAGGAUUCUGACAAUUUUCCGUACUUUCUAGUUGGUUUCUACCGCCCGAUUUUGUAGCACACUAACUUUGUUUGGGCUCGUGAACGACUGGGGGGAGCAGCGUCUGCCUCACAACCAAUCAGCAUUAAGGAGUAGCAUUCGCCUCACAACCAGUCAGGUUGGGGGAGGCGGAGAAUGGCUUUGUUUACAGUCAGAAAGAGCGGGCUGCUCAAAAAUUGAACACAGUGAUAUUGUUAUAUUACCAAAUGUCAUCAAUAACAAAUAGCUAUUGACUGAUACUAAAAUCUUUUUUGUUUAUACACCACAAAAAAAGCUGCUUCUUUAACCGAUUGUUGCCUACCCCACUUUAAGUAUUAAGUAUUCUCAAGUCUUUGGAGUGACCUCUUAGUUACAGAAAUUAAAAGCACACCAUGGUCAAAUCAACAUUUUUUUUUGCAAGAGUUGAUUAACAGUCUAGCCGGUCUACUCUCUGAGCCAAAUACUCAGCAAACCUUGCAGGUGGUUGGCUUUGCAUAGAAAUCGUAAGUAUCUUACCAGCUUGCCGGCUUCACUACAACACCAAAAUUAUGUCUCCCAAGGCUUUUAAAGGUCAGUAAUUAGUACAGCUAGUACUUAUCCUCUCGGAGUUUGCCUUUUGGGCUUUUUGCUUAUUCAUUUACGGGGCUCUUGCAACCAAGAGCCAUGUAUUAUAAGCAACCACAAGCAUAUAAUAGUGGAGCUUUUUAAAACAUCUAGUGUCAAAUCUGUUUUCUUUCUACUGUAGCCCACACCAUCUUCUUUUUCUAAGUUAAAUUGUGACUGUUUCACAAUGGCCUUUUUUACAUACCCAGUUAGAGGUGUGAUAUUUCUGCCCUUGUAAUCUCUCACCUUCUGUAUGAAUGUCUACAUGGUAUAAUGGUGGGACCGAGGGAUCUUUUUGCAUGUCUAAGUGUGUGAAUAUGGGUCUCCUACUGAGUCUUUACCUCUCGUGCUUUUAUGAAGCCACAAUGUAAUAUGAAAUCACAUACAAAAUGGUUAAGCACAGUAGAGUUGACCAAUUAUUAAGCCAAUUAAACUCUUAAUGUGAAAAUAUACAUUGAAUCGAUAAGGUUUAAUUUUUUACUAAGGUGGCAAAUACUUAGCUUAUCUUAGUUUGUCAAAAACUAAAGUAACAACAUCUAAAAGACUAAUUUUUUAUGCUUCCAAAUGAAUUCUGUGGCUGUAAUACUUAAAAACUCUCAACAUGAGCUUUUACGCUCGCAGUGCUGUAUGUUUCCACAUUAAUAGGCUUUACGUGAUUUGCAACAUUCAUGAUUAUUGGCUGUAAAAGUGCGUAAAUAACCCUCUCGCUCACUUGCACUUAAUGUGAUCCUGCUCCCCUCUAUUUUUAAUCAAGCUUGUGCUGUGAUUCUGUCAUUUUUCCAGCAUCUUCUCCAGCCCUGCUUUCUGCUGGCCUGCUUCUCUAAAGUAAUGAGAUUAAUGCAUGAGGGGAGCUUCAACCUUGAAUUCAGUGGAAAAAAAAAAAAAAAGGAAAAGAAGUUAAAAGAAAAUUCCUGGCUAUGCUAAUCUGGCUGGAUUAGUUUAAUUCAGUUAGGGAGUUGUGAAUAGAAACCUGUUAUUUAGCAGCUGCAGCUUGCGGCAGCUACUUGCUUAUGCUUUCUGAGUUUCUCAGCACCUGUCAGUCUACUUUAUGGCCUUGCCUGCAAUCACUUCAAACCUUGUUUGCAUUGAGUCUGAGUGACAGUGUGACAGAAAUGAGCUUUGGCAAACACUCAUUAUAAACAUACAGACAACCACUCAUAGUUGAGAGAAUAAACAAUCAAUUUGCAUUUAGAUGAAGAACAGCAGGCUUGAACUUAAGUUGAAGAGAUAGUGGAAGUGUAAUUACUUGUUUUGGUUUUUAAAAAGUUGCUUAAAAAAUAUGGUAACCCUUUCUUUUAUGCUACACUUAUUACCAGGUAAUUAACAGGUAAUUACCUAGUAAAAAUCUGGUAAUUACACAAUAACUACUAAGUCAAUACUGUCUAGCUACCAGGUAGGUAACCUUCCAUCAUCAUACAAAUUUGAAGCCGAAUUGCUCUGGUAUUUCCAGGAUUUUCUCUGCUUCCUGGAACCACCACUUGCGUAGCAGCAUUUUACGCAUUCGGCGGGUGAGUCGCUGUGAUAAUGCUCGACUCAAACAGCGUAAUGCUACGCAAUCUUCGCACGCCCAUAGGCUGUAUCAAGUGUCAAUCAUAGAAAAAAAGAACCCCAAAAAGCUUUUGAAAAUGGAGCUGUACAGAAAAAAGAAAAACUAGACAGUACUGACUUAGUAGUUAUCAUGUUAUUACCAGAUAAUCUCAUGUUCUUACUAGGUAAUUACCUCUUAAUUACCUGGUAAUAAGCGUACAGUAAAAGAAAGGGUUACCAAAAAUAUAUAUCUGAACAUAAAUGUAGAAUGAAAUUGAUUAAGAGCAGUAAUGGUGUUAUGCUCACAGCAGAAAAGUGGUUAUCAUUUUCUACCAUCAGAUAUAUGGUGAGGCAUCUUUUUAUUAUUACGGCCCCAGUCUAUGGAACAGCUUACCUGAAGACCUGAGGACUGCACCUAAUCUUAAUGAUUUUAAAAGCAAACUCAAAACAAACCUUUUUAGUCUUGCUUUUAACCGAAUUUUAUAUCAUUAACUUUAAGUGUUUUAGUAUUUAUCUCUUCUAGUUUUUAUGACAGGAUCAUCUUUUAUUGAUCUAUCUUGGUGCACUUAUUUUAUUAUCUUUUACUGCUGUUGUUAUUUCAUUUUAUUUAUUAUUUCUUACUUUCUCACCUUAUCUUACUUUGUCUUUAGAUUUUAUCCCUCCAGUGUUUCCAUAUCUUGAAUUUUGAAAUGGCGUUUCCUCACUGCGCACAUUCCUGUUUAUGAAAUCGACGCUCUUUUUUAAGUUUAUGCAUUUUAAUACAUGUUUCUAUUGUGCUUAUAUUGCGGGGUGGGAAUGAGGGGUCCGGUUGGAGUAGAUUAGGUAUGAAAAGUGCCAUACAAUAAAGACUGUUCGAUUGAUCGAUCUGUAACACAGUGAUGAUGACUCCUGUUCCUCUCGGUUGUCUCUCAGGUGUUGAAUGAAGCAGUGGGAGCCAUGAUGUACCACACCAUCACCCUUACCAGAGAGGACCUGGAGAAGUUCAAGGCUCUGCGCAUCAUCAUCCGCAUCGGCAGCGGUUACGACAACAUCGACAUCAAGGCUGCAGGGGAGCUCGGUGAGACUGCAGGAAGAUUGUAGGAAAAACACCAGCUCAGAGCAGUUUCCUCUUCAGCUUAUUCAUCCUCAUCUGACUAAAAAAAAAAAACAGACAUCUUUCAUUACUGGGAAGAUAUUUGCACCUUUGGAUGGGUGCCAAACCAAACUCUGCGAGGUCUAUUGACUUAGCAUAAACAACAUAUGUAAGAGGAAUGAUCACACACUGUAAACAGAAUAUGUAAUGAGUCUGUUUGUAUAUGCAGAGCAGAUGCUUGAACAGAUAUGAAACUCUCCCUCAGAUUCCCGUUCGGCCCCUUCGGCAUAUGUUUGGUUUGAGAGCAGGAUUUAGUGUGAUAUCCUAAUUAUUGUUGUUUGUUGUAACACAUUUCAUCGCUGACAUAUAUGAGCUUAAUUAGCAGUUAUAAUUAUCCUCUCACACUUCACAGUUCAUUUAGUAAACGGAGUGCUUUUAUUUAGUCGAAGGUCUUGGAGAGAGAAAUCCCUGGUGUUGUUGUGAAUUGAAAAAUCUACCCAUGAAACAGCUGCAGUAAUUAUACCCGGGUCUUGUCUCUCUAUAAUCUGUGUGAAAGUAUUCCUACUUUUCAUUUGAAGUGUCUUUGUCGCCGUCAUCAGCUGAAUUUGCACUCUCGCUGUCCUCUUCGCAGGUAUCGCGGUGUGUAAUAUCCCCUCAGCAGCUGUAGAAGAAACAGCAGACUCAACACUUUGUCACAUCCUCAACCUCUAUCGGCGAAACACCUGGUUGUACCAGGCUCUCCGGGAGGGGACGCGGGUCCAGAGCGUAGAGCAGAUCCGGGAGGUGGCAUCAGGGGCGGCCAGGAUCCGAGGAGAGACGCUCGGCCUCAUCGGAUUCGGUGAGCUGCUUCUUUGAGAUUAAGUGCAGGAGCUGAUGCAACACAAGUGGACUGCCAGUUUAUCGGAGAGAGAAUAUACUGACAGCCGUGUGAGUGUCUGAGCUCUUGGGGAAAAAAAAAGAUUUGCCCAAAGUUGGAUCAUUUAAUUGGCCUAAAUUGAAAACAGAGUGGUGAUGAGUCAUUUUUCUUUUCCAUUAACAUAAAAAAAAACGUCCUUUUAAAUGUGUCUUUUCAAACUUAUCAUUUCCAAAUUAUGUGAUAAUGAUUUUACUUUCAACCUUUUUAUGCAAAGAUGCAGCCAGAAAAUGUCUACCCACACAAAAUCUGAUGAAAAAACAUUGAGCGAAAAAAAUAGCAAUAAUCAAAUCAAAGCAGUUUCAUUACGGAGUUAAGACAGCAAGUCAUGAGCAAGACUGAGUUUAAAGGAGACGCCCAAAGAAAGGUCUUAAAUUUGUAAAAUCUUUAAGUAUAAGAUCAUGAAAGACUUUGUCGAUCAGUAAAACAUCUUUUUUAAGAUUAUUCAAAAUUUAAUAGAGCAGCCAGUUAAAACAUCUAACAGAGAGGAAUUAUGAUCUCUAAUUUUGUGUUUGGUAAAAAUCUAGACUACUGCUUUAAUAGAUAAAUCUCUAAAACCAAGGAGAUGUUUUAUAACACUUUAGUGACUGAUGACUGAUAACUUGAACUCCUACCAGAAUCUGGACCGGAUCUUAGUUCGGGCUUUGUUUCCUUCCUAUGAUACAAAAAAAAUAUAUGAUACACUUAAUUUUCCACUUCAGGUGCUGCACAUGCUCAGCUGCAUCCACAGUAGUACCGAUAAAUAAUCCAAACGAGUAAACAAUGUUAAAAACUAGCAAUAACCCACAUCCAGACGACCAAGAUGACCGAUUACUUGUUUAUACCCCCAUCAGGUCGCUCUGGCCAGGCAGUGGCGAUGCGGGCGAAGGCGUUUGGCUUCAACGUCAUCUUCUACGACCCCUACCUCCAGGACGGCUUGGAGCGCUCGCUGGGCGUUCAGCGAGUCUACACGCUCCAGGACCUGCUCUACCAGAGCGACUGCGUGUCCCUACACUGCAACCUGAACGAACACAACCACCACCUCAUCAACGACUUCACCAUCAAACAGGUAGGAGACUUUGAGAGAGAUGUGGAAGCCAUUGGAGAAGAUGACAGAGACAGGAACGUUUCUCAAACUUUUAAAGGAUGGUAUGAAAAAUCGUGUUUCCUCCAAAUCAGGCGGCAGGUUCUUCUUAGUAAACUAAUGAUCUCUGGAGGUUGGUUGCGCAGCUUUUACCCCACAAAAUGUUAAGUAACUUGGGCAAGAUACCUAGAACAAGUAACUGAGGGGAAACCCAGAAGUUUGGAGAAUCUUUACAGAACUGGAUUAAGAAGAAGGUGGAUGCCAAAUGGCGAUGGCAUCAUUUUCGAUUUCGUUUGUCUGAUAAAGUUGGAAUCAAACUUAAAUCUGUCUCAACACACAGAUCUCAGGGUGAAAAAGAUGAACCAUUUCGAGCAGUAAACCGUUCUUAUUGUUAGUUGCCAACAAAACAAUCAGUGGCGAGCCAUGAAAUGCGGUUGACCAGCCAAGUCGCUGUGCCUGCGUGGGCGAGGGUUGCCAGACCAGGCCAGAGGGGCUAGUUAACCAGCCGUUGUGAAACAGUCGCUAAUCCAACUGCAGAAUUAAAGUGUUUGCAUUCAAAUUAGUUGUACUUUUGCGUCCAGAAUCCCUCAUUCCUCUAUAACAGAGCAGAUUUGUCCUCCUAAUAUUCUGAGGACAAGAGAUAUUUGUAAUCUGCUAAAGUCUUCUCUUUGUCACUGCUGACACCUGGAGGACAUAAAGUGAACUGCAUGUUGUAUAAACUCAAUGCUUAAAUGACUGUUUAAAAUUGUUAUUUUUUCACCAUAUAUAUAUUUUUAGCCUUUAAACAUGACGUAUUUUCCUCUGCAUCAGCAUUGACAUUAUGUUUUCUUCCAUACUGUGAUUUAAUUCUGUGAGGAUGAAAGGAUUAGUGUCGUCAAAUUGUCCCCCGUCUUUGAAAAGCCUUUUGUUUUCAUGUCAUUUUUUUGUUGUUAAAGGAUUUGUACGUGUUUAUUUUUUUUUAAGAAAAGCCACCCCCGCAGUGUGGAGUCCAUGACAGCUCUCCUGGAUGUGCUCUUGAUAAAUUUGACAGGAUGGAGCAAAUAUUCAUUGUUGUGCUGUGUUGUUUUUGUAGAUGCGUCAGGGUGCGUUCCUGGUCAACUCAGCGCGAGGAGGCCUGGUGGAUGAGAAAGCGUUGGCUCAGGCCCUAAAAGAAGGAAGGAUACGGGGGGCUGCCCUGGACGUCCACGAGUCCGAGCCUUUCAGGUGAGUUGUUCACGGAUUCAGGAUCUUAUCAAACAUCUUUUAACUAAAUUUUGUACUAUUUAUUGAAUGAAGAACCUCAAAUAUACGUAUGUACACAAGGGAAGAUGUAAAACUGCAAAGUCAUGCUUAGAAAUGGAAACUCAAUGGCACUGAUAUCACAAAAAUCAGCUGUAUCUUCACUCUUGUGCUUCUCUGUCUUCAUUUCAUUUGAACAGUUUCUCCCAAGGUCCCCUGAAAGACGCCCCCAACCUAAUCUGCACCCCCCACACCGCCUGGUACAGUGAGCAGGCUUCUCUGGAGAUGAGAGAGGCUGCUGCCACAGAAAUCCGCAGAGCCAUCACCGGUACAGAGACGUUUCUUUCUCUAUCGUAUUCAUGCAGCAGGAGUUUUCGACUGAGCACAGAGCGGAAAGCUCAAAUGUUGUCAUCCUGUUAAGUUCUAGGUUGUAUUUCACAAUCAUUUUGACUUUUUUUUGUUGGAGCUUCUGAAUUUAAACACAGUGACACACAUUUUAGCCGACACAUCUAGGCUGGUUCACAAACCGAAGUAGGAAAGCUUUUCCGAGCUUUACGCAGAGCAGGCUGUUUCAAAUUUAAACUGACAUCUUAAAUCAUGACUCUCCUCUCUAACGGCAAACAUCUUUUGACUCUUGCCAGCUUAUCAGAUAUUUAUGACCACAUACAUAACUUGGGCAGUUUUAAAUUUGCCAAAGUCAAUAAAUUAUAAAGUAUAUGAUUUAAAGAACAGCAAACAAGCUCUCAAAAUCAAGGAUGAUUUAUUUUCUUUACAGCUAUAUUAUUUUGCAGUUGAAACAUCUUUUCGUAGAUCGCUUCUUUAAGAGUUAGAGCACAGUAUAAAGUGUGCUGUGCCUUUGGAUGUAAGAUAUAUCUGGCUGCCCAUGCUUGGUGAGGCCUUUGAGCUCAGGUAAUCUUUGUAUGGUUUCCAGAAGAGCCUGUGUUCAACUUCAGCGAUGGCUCAUUGGUGCCAAACCAGUUAUUUUCAUUUGUACAAUUUCUUCUCGACCACCUCCGAAAGCUGCUGCAGAUCAGGCCAAGAACAUAGAAUAUUUGUGUUGUCUGCAAAUGCAUGCAAAUUAGAAAAUCAGACACUUUUCUGGGCUAUAAGUCGCACCAGAGUAUAAGUUGCACCAGCCAAAAAAUGCAGAAUGAAGAAGAAAAAAACAUAUACCGGUAUAAGUCACAUUUUUGGGGGGAAAUUUAUUUUACAAAAUCCAUGAACAAGAACAGACAUUUUAUCUUGAAAGGCAAGUUAUAAUUAGGGCUGCAACUAACGAUUAUUUUGAUAAUCGAUUAAUCUGCCGACUAUUUUAAUAACGAAUCGAUUAAUCGGAUAAACAGGCUAAAUUCAUUAAUGCAGCUGUUAAUAGCAAUAGCAUAGGGCUUUAGUUUAUCAUAUGAGUUUAUCUGCCAUGAGGUGUUGAGGUCUCUGCAUGUGUAGGUUACUGACUUACUGUAAUCAUCGGGUCUUUCUCGUCCUUAUAAAAACCUGCUCUAUUUCGGCGAGUGUCUGUCUUCUUCUGUAGUCGAACCGCAAGAUAUCAAAAUCUACCCGGAUACAGCAAUGCUGCUUUUUUAUUGGCUGUUAAGUAGAUAUACUUUAUUUGAUUGGCUUGCGCGUGGCACGCAACUUCUGAACUCUCAGAGGAACUCAGUUGAUUUCCCCCUGUUCCAUAGUUAAAGAAGUGCAACUUGGUGGACAUCACCGUGUUCAUUUAAAUGCGUGAGAAAAACAAUGUGUGGUGUGUGAGCGUGUGAACGAGUGGGAAUGCGUGUGUCAUACGCUGAAUGGGUGAGACUUGAGAGCCCUGUGCUCACGCAUCAUCGAUGUACUCCCGUGCCAUGCAAAACGGGCUUUGCAAAUGUUGCACUGAACGCCUUCCUUUUCAGUCUUGGUAAAGUUUUCCCACACCAUGGGUUGUGUCCAUGUUUUUCUCAGCCGCUGCCUCGGCCAUGGCUGUUUCUUUUCUGUGUGUCCUGCUGAUGUUUACACACCGGUGUCCAUGGACAUAUGUAAAGACCCGACGAAUCGAUUACAGAAUUAGUUGGCAACGAAUUUUUUCGUCACGACGAAUCGACUUAAUCGAUUCGUUGUUGCAGCCUUAGUUAUAAUAAUAACAAUAGAAUAGAGAACAACAGGCUGAAUAGGUGUACAGUAUGCUAAUGUAUAUUUUACUACUUGCAGCUUGUAAUCUCUACUAUAUGACUUUCUUUUUGGCAGCAUUUGUGCUCAGUCUUUCUCAGUUGUCUAUAUGGGUUAAUGUUAAUUUUUAAAAUUUUUAGUGGUACAGGAUUAGCAGAUACUGGUACACCAGCCUAGAGUGCCCUCUAGCUGCUGUCAGUGUGGAGAUAACAAACAUGUGAAAUCAUAUAUUUGAAUAUAUGUAAGUUGCACCUGAGUAUAAGUCGCAAACCUAGCCAAACUAUGAAAAGUAUAUCAGUAUAUACAGUACAGUAUAUCAUUUAUGAACCAAAAAUAAAAAGCUCUCUUUUCCAUUUGUGUUGUCAAGCAUCAGUUAAUGGGGACCUUAUCUAGCAAUUAUGCAAGCUAGGAAGUAGUCAAGGUGAUUUGUUCGUUUCUCACUUAAGUUGAGCUGUCAGCAGUGCAGCUGCUAUAGCACGCAGCAAUGCUGAGCGAGCAGUCGGUGAACGAGGGAGCGCAUGCAUCGAUGCCUGAAUCACUUGGUAAACAAAUCACACGGUAAACUGCACUCUCCGUAAUCAUUUUUGUCAGACAAAACAAACUUUUUUUCUUUUUUACUGCUAAAUUGUCACCAGAACAACUUGCAUACAAUAGGACACAGCAUGUUACAAGUAGUGCAUUAUACCUGCAGCAACGGUUUGCGAGGGAACGCAAAUUCUUUAGAAUUCUUCUAAACGGUCAGUGAACGAAUCACUCACUGAGCCCAAUUUACCGAACAUGAUAAAUAGCAUACCAUUGGACAGUACACUUAAAAUAUUAUGACGUAUAAACAAGUUCAUUUCUUCAAAUGUGUUUGUCAAAGCAACACAGCCAAACUCUCUCAUCUCCCAGAAGCUAUGAUCUGAACUGAAUCCUGAACCGUUCAGCUGUGUAUCAGUUCAGGAAGUCGGAGUCGCAGGCCCCUCCCGCCAAGAGCUGAAUGAUUCGGUGAUUCAGUGAACGAAUCUUUUGAAUGAAUCUUUUUACUGAGCUGAUUCUAGUGGUUCAGUACAUCUAAAAGAACUGCUGUGCUCAUCACUACCCAAUGAAUAUCUGAAUAUUGCCAUUUCAUUGGCCAAUCAUUCACAAAAAUGAUUUCUCAUCUUGCUCACUUUUAUCAAGUCAGAAAAUCAGGAACACUUCACAACAUUAUGACAGCGUUUGAGUUUUCAACCUCUAAUGAGAUGUUGAAGAAAAAUGGCUGCACUGAUAUAAAAGUCAACGGGACACUUUCCUAAACUGACAAUUAUCUGUAAUCAAUCAUUCCCCCUCACUUCACAGGCCGUAUUCCUGACAGUCUCCGAAACUGCGUCAACAAAGAGUUCUUCAUCACCACAGCACCCUGGGGGAUGAUGGAGCAGCAGCAGCCUCAAGUGCACCCUGAGAUCAACGGUGCCGCCUACAGGUAGGAGGUGGAAUUAUUUGACCUCGGCACAUCGCAUCACACGGAUGUCACCUGUGCCAUCUCAAUACCUGCAGUAAAUGAGGCCAAAACACUGGGUUAGAGGGUUGAUUUAGAUGUUCAAAUGUAUGUUUGUCACAGUUUCGGAUAUUUUUUUACAAAGUAUUUGGGCCAAAUUUAUCAAUUUCAUGUGAAGUUUAGCCUCUUCAUUUCUCAGUUUUCUCAACCAGAAUGAACUGCUUUUCUCACACAGCCGAGUGAACCAAACCAUGGUACAGGCCAUAGCAACGGGGGGAAUGCAGGACAAAUUAUAUACCUAAUUCUCAACCAGGUAAAUGACGACCACUACUUCUGGCUCACAUGCCGGGGCGAAUGAAAAAACAUGACCAAUAAAAGCCCGCUGAAAUCUCUAGUCCUUUUUCUCUGCCCCCGCACUCCUAACUCACAUGUCCUGAAACUGUUCCCACUUUAACCCAGCAUCUCAUCCAAUCCUUAAACCUCCCCUCACCUCGAAGUCACAGCUCAGUAGGACGCAAAGAAAACAGUUUAGAUUGAGAAGCUUAAAAGACUGAAAAACACGGAUUUAAUACAUAAGGAGCAUAAAAGAGUCCUGAACUGUAAACACAUCUCUAGCAGUAAUCCCGGGUUAUUAUCAGCUGUGUAUUUAAGAUAGCAAUCCCAUUGUGUAUAUACUCACACGCACACACUUACACAAUUGCAUUUCUGUUUUAAAGGAUCAUUUCAGUCAAAAUUUAAAAAAGAAAUACCUUUUCUUCUUACUGGGCGCACACGAUCUUAGAGAAGUGUUGUUUUUUUGAUAGUUUUGCCAUCUUAAGUGAGUUUUUGAGUUUCAUAGAAACAUGUUUUAACCUGCUGAUUAUUAGCUGUUGUUUGCACAUUGAUUCAAUUAGUAAACCGAAAGGGUAAAGUGAAAUAUUUGAUGUUGUUUUAUGUAGUUUUGUAAUUUGGGUGUGUGAUAUUCCAAGUCCUUUCCUACAUCAGAUUAAGACCCUGUCAUGUUGAGCCUCAACCAUCUCUGGGUGUUUAGUUUCUAAGAUAAUUCAUGACCACUUGAAUGCAAAUUAUGUGUCAAUAUCUGUCAAAGAACAUGAUUAUAUUUACUUUAUUCAUAGAAAUUUUAAUGUUUUUUUUUUUCUCUGAUAUCAUUUAGUUGAUUUGAGAUUUUCUUUUUGCUUUCACUGUGACGAGAAGCAACAAAUAUAAGUCUUAGCUUUGUGAAAUAAAUCACUGAUCAGAUUCUGCGUCUUUGACAAAAUUGCCUGUUUUUUACUCUCGUCACUCCUCCUCAUCACUUCCUUUUCUCCUCCAGAUUCCCUCCCGGUGUGGUGGGCGUCGCCCCUGGCGGGAUUCCCGGGCCUAUGGAGGGGUUGGUGCCCGGGGGAGUGCCCAUUGCCCACACCAUGCCCCCCGGUACCCAUCCGUCACAGGCCAUCUCCCCCAACCAACCCCCCAAACAUGGCGACCCCAUGAGAGAGCACAUGAGCGAGCCGUAGCUGCUGUGACCGAUCAGCGGGGACAAGAAAGAGAGCAAGAUUUCACAAAAAAAAAAGAAGAAAAAAACAAUAUAACUCUAAACCCAGAAACCAACCAUCAGAACCAUCCAACUUUAUGCUUGACUUCAGCCAUCUGAACCCACCAGCAGACUGCCUGAAGGGCAACGUUUCACACAUCUUCUUUUUGUAUGAAACCACUAAGCCUGAGUGAGGACGGGGACGUAAACGCACAGAUGAGCUGCCACGCUGAGAUGGGACUGACCGCCGAACUCUGACACCUUUCUGCUCCCUUCUCUGUUUUUUCUUCUUCAUUUAUGGUUUUGUCUUUACUUUUUGGGUAUCCUCUCUUUGACUUCUGGGACACGUUGAUGAUACCGCGUGCAGGAUGGAAAUCUUACCCUCCCUCCCUCCUGUUAAAGGACGAACUUGAAGGGAUAGUGACUCUAUAAACUAUCCACUGAUCCCCUCAUUACUCCUUCUUUGUCACCCACCUAAUUGCAAAGAUGUCUUGUGUUAUUUUUCUAUUUUUUUUUCUUUCUUCAGUUUAUCCUGAAUUCUGUGUUUCUGUUGCAAGUGAAAACCUAUUUUUUUGUUCUUCAGUGUGUGAUCAUGAAUGGAUUUACAGUUACAUAUAUGUCAAGCAGACGAGAAAAGUCAGCAUCUGCUGCCUCAGUCAGAAACAUGGACUACAUCUUAGUUUUGAUUUUCCAGUAGUUAAGGCUGGUGGCCCCUGAAUGUAAAGACAAGAUGUGGGGCAGUAAAUGUGGUUUUUAGUUCCAGGAGGAGUAUUUCGGCUCAUGAGGUUACAAAAAAAAAGGACUAAUUUAAACCAAAAAAGGAAAGAUGAAGACCUCGGCCAUUUGUAGGUUAGCUAAUGUGCAUUGAGUGUGUCACCUUGAUUAAAUAUUACUGUUGUGACUUUUCCAACUCUGCUGAACUGAGGUAGCUACAAUAUUUGACAAGUGUCCAAAAUAUUACCUGUUUGCACCCAAAGGACCUACAGCGUAUUGCAGCUCCAGCUAAAGACGUAGGGGGAAAGAAGAGCAGUUACUCACUCAGGAAAAGAAACAACCAUCAAAUAUGUCCAAAUCUGAACCAUGAAGAAGCUAGUCUGGAUUAUUGCUUUUCAUGUCUCCAGUUUUUUCUCCAUUGUGGUCAUUUUUUUUUUUUUUUGAUAUAUCAAAUAUGUGUUUUUUGAUGGUCAAGGUUUUCUGUCCUGUUAGAUUUGUAUUUGCCUCUUUCAAUGUUCUUAUGAUCAUAGUCUUAUGUGAAUGACCCCCGCCCUCUCCUCUGUAUAGUUUCUUUGUUUUUCUGCUCUAAUGAAAGCCAGCUGAGGCUCUCGGAGGCAUCGCGCCCUCUGUGAGCAGCAGCAGCCACAUCCAUUUCUUUUGGUCCCGUGAUGUUAGCAAGAGACGGCUGCUAGCAAGGUUGUUUGGUUUUUAGUGAGUAUUUGUAUUUGUUUCUUGUACAAGGUGAACAUAUAGCAAACAGUGCAGCUGGAAACAAUAAAUAAAAUUUACUGUUCUGAUUGAUGGCGAC